UCUGGUCUAGAAGGAGUGACUCGUUGACUGCGGCGAACGCAAUUUCGGCAACAUGGGAGACGCUGUGGGAUUUAUUCAAAACGGAUUUUAAGAACUGUCGGGAAAAUGGCAGAGAGGUGAGUGAAAGAAAAUGCCCUCUAUGUUUUUUUUCGUCCUGUUUACUGUUGUAGCCGAUAGUGUGUCUCGUGUGAAAACGGAGGGAGGCUGCCAGCCCAGCGAUGAGGCUAACAGCGGUUCGUUUGGUCGCUGAGCUGAAGCGGGUGAAGCUAGCUCGCCACUUCUUCGCUCUCACGUUAGAACAUGAUUUACGAGGAAAAACAUUUCUUUUAAUUCAGGCUCGUUUUCCCCCUUGUACAUGAUGUUGUUGGCUCUGGAGUGUGUCGCUGGUUGUUUUUGAAGGUGUAAGGAUCACAUGAAAGAGGCUGUGGACGGCUGGCUGAUGAUGAUGAUGAUGCUGUUGCACCUGUCGGUCUACAUUGGCGUCUCUUUGCUGGAAUGCAGCUAACCUUCUCCUCUAGCAGGAUGCUAGCAGCACACCCACCUAUACGGACACAUUAUCAAUGUGGGUUGAUGCUUGGCUAGCCAGGUUAUCCAAAUCCUCCCUCGCAGCAUCCCUUCAUCCUCAUGAUGGAUGGAGGCACCUCCCAUGAGAGGAGGCUCUGGAAAUAGAGAAGCGUUUCACCAUCCUGUUACUUUCUUUUUUUACACGAUCCACUUUGACCCCCUUUUCCAUACCUGUGCCUGAUGAAUUGCUCUCCUGUGUGUACAAAAGAGCACUAGUUUCUCUUGUAGGUCUUUCAGUGUGUUAUAUGUCUCUGCUUAUUAGUAGGGUCACACACUUCUAACUAACAACCAUUUUUGAAUCAUAAUUCCCAGUGGUAAUUUAUAUAUUAAUCUAGUAAGUAAGUAAGUGAAAUUUAUUUAGUAUAGCACCUUUCAUAGAAAAGAUUCACAAAAUGCUUCACAGUAAAAAAAAAAAAAUCAAGUCAAAAAAAAAAAUCAAGUCAAAUCAAAGAAUAGGGCCCGACCGAUAUGGAUUUUUGGGGGCUGAUGCCGAUACUGAUUAUUAGGGGGGAAAAAAAUCUGAAUCGGCCAAUUUUAAAUUUUUUUUUAUUAAGUUAUAAAAAAUACAUAGUAUACCGGAAUUAACUACGGUAUACUAUAUACUGUAGAUAUACUGUAGGCUACUGCUCUUCAUGCCGACAGGAAGACCAACUGCCAAACUUGGACCUGAAGCAUGUCCCGGUCAUGAACUCAUGCAGUGAUCGAAAAAAACUCCUAAUCUACAGAAGAACUGAAGUGGUGUGUCUGUUUAACUGUCCCUUACUUUGUACUAUACCACAAUUUAAUUAGGAACCAAUGAAAGAAGUCAUAUUUUUCCAUCAACUGGUAGAGAGUUUGUGAAUCAAUGAGUGAGGUCCACUUUUGUAUACAAGAGCAUGCAUUAAAUAUGCUCAACAGAUUCCUGUCUUGUAUUGCUGGCAUGUACACUUGUCCCCCGCUCAAGGAAACAAUCUAAACAACUGGGUUUUGAAUUGGGUUUGGACUCACAGCAGAAAAAAGGGUUACUUACAAAACUACGUCAAGUUCCAAGAGAUCUCUGUUGCAAGGCUAAAUUUUUUUAGACCUGCCCCCACAUCCAGCGCUAAUUUUUCUAGCGCCUCCUCACUGGCAUCUAGUUACUGCCAGUAAAAUGAGGGUGGAGGCUGCAUCUUCACCAUAGACAAUGGCAGCUUCCCCCCCUGCAGCAUGCAAGCUCAUAAGGCCAAGUUAAUAAUUGAUGGCUGUUAAAUUUGUGUUGCAUGGGUCAUCUGGCCUCAUGUAAAUCACUUGUGCUGGUUUCCACCGAGGGCUCUGGAGCAUUAUACAAAUCCCUGAAUGUUUGUCAGAGUCUUACUGUACAAAUCAGAGGCUCGGCUCCCUCAUGACUGAUGAGAAACAUUCUGUCUGGUUAUCAGAUGUUGCAGACAGGGUGAAGAUUUGUUUAGCCUGGAGUGUUUGUUGUAGAUACGAUAAAGAAAUGAACUGAAAUGGUCUGUACCUUAAUAAUAAGGACUGCUUGAGGCCAGUCAGGUCAAACCAUGACAAUGCUGAUGUGUUGGAUGAUUCAAGUAGUUACUGAGAAUUGUUGUUCGUGCCUCUCUGAGAGUUUCUCAUUCAAAUCAAAUGUGGUCAGCUUACAGCCUUUUAACUCGGAGAAAGGUCAGAUAUUCAUAAUAGCCUUUCUUCUUUAACUUAUGUUGGACUAGUAUUGAUGUACAGUACUCAUUCAGUAGUACUUGAUAUAAGAUGGAAAUACUGCCUUGGUCCACAAGCAUUUGUGUGUACUGUGCAGAAGUCAAAGUCGAGUAGUUCUGGGAGUACAAUGUGUAGAAAUAGACCAAGUUAAGGAUCAUGUUACUGAAGUUCAAGGCAUGCAUUCCCUCUGUCUCUAAGAUGAUUUGAGCAACAAGAGCAGCCUGGUAAGGACCCUUGACUGUAAAUAGAAUAGACGACAUGCAUUCGUUUCUGCCCUUUGUGAGAGUUGAAGCUAAAAGACUGCUUCCAUCGGGGCUGACAUAUUGUGCUGAUGCAAGCAAGGAAUAUGCAAUAGCCACCUAGCUGUUGGAGUCAUGGGACUGAAGUCAUCCCCUCUCAGCUAAACCAAAACAUGCAUUUGACUUACAGACACAAACACCUCUCUAGGUGCUACGGUCUGUGGCAGAACAUAUUAUUUGCAGCAGACAGGUAUGGUUAUGGAGAGUUCAGUGUCUCUUGUGCUCAGUGUUCCUCUUCUACUCUGCCUGUGGAGUACAGAGCACUGCAGGAACAUUUGUCAACGGAGCUGUCAAUCAAUCAUCUUUUGUAAAAUCAAACAACUAAUUAAAAUCUAAGCUUCUAAAAUAGUAAAGCGCAUAAAUCAGCAUAACUAAUUACAGUUUACAAUAGGAACUGUGUUUGAAAAAAUAGUUUGACUUGUUUCAAUUUUAUAGUUUGACACAUGUUCCAUCUGUUAACAUGGAGGAAACUGGGUAUGUGACCGAUGCUACAGCCAAUCAGGGAAAUCUUUUGGCUUCACAGUCAGUGAAGAUCUGUGGUGUCCUCUUGAAUAAUACAGUCUGUGGUCAGGACUAGGAAAGGAACAGGUCCCAGAGAGUACUAUACGUCAAAGUGAUGAUAUUAUUAAGUUAUAUUAAUGUUUAGAGUUGUGAGUUACAAACAAGCCUGUCACAGAUGUUUUUUUUAAUGAUGAGCCUAACCUGAGCUCAGUCUAGUGAAAUAAGGGCUCACAUUCAUCCUAUCACUGGCAAUUUUACAGAUACAAGCACGCCUGUGUCUUUAUUAGAAAGGGGGAUGACACUUAAAUUUGGUUGAUUUCAUGUUAAGCCCAAACACACUAAGAAAUAAUUCAAGGUUUAUAAAUAUAACCUCCUUGUGUCACGGUAAAAGGCUAAUGGAUAUACCCUCGUCAACCUCAGUCGUGGAAAUCAGGCCAGGCGCAGUAGAUUGUAGGAAAAGGGCCCCUGAUCCAAGGUCAAAACUCUGUUGAAAAAUACAAAAAUUAAAUCCUUUUUGGAUUCCAAUCUUCAGUGCUGAACUUGAUGGUUUUGUUUGUGUGCACCUAGUCCACAAUGGAGUCUUUGAAGUUCAAACUGGAGGAGAGAUGCUUUUUAUUGCUUACUUUGAAAAGAGAAUGAGAGACGUGAGUUCAGUCAAACUACCAAGGUGACAGAGGACGGUUUUAACAACGUGAUGUGUUGUUCACACAGGGCCUUUUUUGCUCUUUGGUUUGAAAGAAGCUUUAGGAACCCAGAUUUUUUUUCAUGUGGCUAUCUUAUACAUCAGUUGGAAGUUGGCGUGAAAAGUGGCAAAGCUUGUACAUAAGUAUUUUUGGAUGAUCACAUUUAUUCAAAAUAUCGUUUAAGGAUCUGCAGUAAGCUGCAAACAAAGCUUCUAAAGAGCCCUCUUUAAACUGGAUGUUUGGAUUUGGACAGUAUGCAUACAUACAUACAUAGACUCCACGGGUCAAUGUAUGGGAUUGCAGCUGUUGUUCCACCUCAGAUCUUAGCAUGUGUUGUUGUGCAUUGCAUUCCUGUCUGCUGAGCUACUGCAAGUGCAGCAAUUAUGUGCACUUUUUCAUUUUUUUUCCCAGCAUGGUUGUUGAACAAGGCCACUAAUUAAUAGCUCAUAAAACAAGCUGUUAAUAGGAAUUCUCUUUACACUCUGUGGUUGCCUUGGAAAUAUUUUGGCCAUUUAUUCAGAUGGGAAAAAGGCACUUCAGCCAGUAAAUAGAGUAAAAUUAGAAUUAAACCACAACUGAUGUUUAAAAAAAAAACCAUCUUCCUUUCUACUCGGCGCUGAGCUUGAAAUCAUCCUUUGAAUGUUGUUGACAUACAGAAUGUAUCACCGCACACAUGCCGGCUCCAUGUUGCAUGUCGUCUCUGUGUCUGGCUGCCAGCUUGACAUUUGAUCCCAGCAGCAGGGUGGGGCACUGAGCUCAUGUGUUGUACCAGCAGCACGUGGCUGAAAUAUUCAUAAUGCCAGGCUGGAGCUACAAAGUUGCUGCCAUAUCUGUCAUAAUUAUUUUGUCUGCUGCUGGGUGAGAUGUUUUUGUGGCACCUGAAUCCAGCUUAAAAUGUUGAAAUCCUGUUCCAACAAUAUAUGGUCCAUUUCAAUACACUCACUCUCAGCAGUCAACUAACACACUCAGCCACUCAAACAUAAUGAUAGAGCUGCCGGUCUGAGUUAGUGAUUCCUCCCACCAAAAGCACAGUUUAACAUGAAUGAUACUGAAAAGAAGAUUGUAUUACUGAGUUUGUGAAAACAUAUUGAGACGAAUGAGGUAAAAGCUUGAGGACGAUUAUCUGACUCCAGUCAAAGACUAUGAUUUGACAAAUGACAAUGUCAGUAAGGAGAGGAAAGGUGUUCAUAUUGUCAGAGGUGGCCCCAACCACCCAACCUGACUACACAGAGCUGAAUUGAACAUCUUUCCAGCUCCUGUUGAGAUAACUGCAUCUGAUCUCAGAACAUCUUAUCUACAGCUGGUAUUCAAAAUGCAAUUUAAUAAUAUAAAACAAUUUUCACAGCUCAUAAUAUUCAAUAUACCUCUGUUUUACGUGCCUAGACUGAGGAGUCACUGUCACAAUAUGCAAUCACGACUAAUUUAUUCUCUGGCUCUUCGCCUGACCUGAGAAAAUACACAAGCUCUUUUUUUUUUUUUCUUUUCCCAGCCUGCUCUCACUUGGGCUCAAGGUGCCUCUGGUUGAAAAUCUCAGAACUUCUCAGAAACAUGCUGGUGUUGUCACUGUCACUCCUUAGGCAGCAAAAUAAACAUUGGAUGGGAAGAGAGCUGCCACCCUGUUAACCAAGAAGAUGGAUAAGAAACUCGUUUUGGCAUUUUUUGUCUUGCCUGAGGCGGAGCUUUAUUAUAUAUGUUUGAAAUGUUGUUUUUGAGCGCAGAUGAGCAGAACACUCAGUGUCAACCUCUGUGACCAUGUGACCAACCAGUCAGCCUGUGAGUUAAGCUGGUAUGACAGUUUUUCAUUUACAUGCUCAUAAGUACUUUCAGUGUUAAGGUCCUUACACACCAGGGCCGACAGGAAUAUAGAACGUGAAAUUACGAAAUAUUCGGAGGCGAACUUUGACGCGCCUGACUAUAUACAUCAAGCCCGAUGUGAUUUUGCAUUUUUCCGGGGGGAAAAAAGACGCAUCCCGGGUGGAAGCGAGAAGACUGACACAACACCAGACUGAGUGUUUUUCAGUUCUGAUUAGACACUAGUGUUGAGAUGUCUGUCUGUCAUGGUAGCAUGUACUGAGUCGAGGCCAGUACCAGAUUAAAGCACAUUAAACUAUAAUCCAUAAACAUAAGGUAACAACCGAGACCUAAUGGUGCUGUGACAGCAACGCCAUUGAGUUUGAGACAGUGAAAUACAUAUGGUAUGUUGUAUCUGAACAGGUUAGCUUACGAGCUAAAGUUACUUAGCACAGAUGAAAGUUAAAACAAAGACGUUUAUCAAACUGUAAAAGCACACAAACCAUCGUCAUAUGAGAAAUCUGACGCUAUGACUCAACAAGUUGUCCUCCAGGUUUGUGUCUUUUAUCAAAAAGCACUCAAUCAAUCAAUCAAUCAAUCAACUUUAUUUGUAUAGCACAUUUAAAAUAACCACAAGGGUAGCCAAAGUGCUGUACAGUGACAUAAAAACAAAUAAAACAAUCAAAAAACAAGAUAACGCAAGCAGAAAUACAGUAAUGCAAAAGAAUAAAUAAGUGUAUAAAUAAGGAGGCUCACAGCAAGUGCUAAAAUGAUAAAAAACAAAUUAACACUACAAUGUACUAAAAGCCAAUGAGUAAAAGUGCGUUUUUAAAAGGGAUUUAAAAACAGGAAAUGAGGAGGCCUGUCUAAUUUUCAAGGGCAACUCAUUCCAGAGCUUAGGGGCAGCAGCAGCAAACGCUCUGUCCCCUCUGAGCUUCAGCCUAGUACUGGGGACCGUCAGUAAAAGCUGAUCAGCUGAUCUUAGGGGUCGGGGUGGGCAAUAAGGCUGGAGCAUCUCCGAAAUAUAGGGUGGAGCAAGGUUGUUCAGGCCCUUAAAAACAAAUACUAAAAGCUUAAAAUGAAUUCUGUACUGAACAGGGAGCCAGUGUAAGGAUGCCAGGAUGGGGGUGAUGUGCUCACGCCUGCGGGUCUGUGUCAGGAGACGUGCAGCAGAGUUCUGCACAAGCUGCAGGCGGGCAAGGGAAGCCUGGCUGAUCCCUACGUACAAGGAGUUGCAGUAAUCAAGACGGGUAGUUAUAAAAGCAUGGAUUAAUUUUUCCAGGUCAGGUCUUGAUAAAAUGGGCUUCAUCUUCACUCAGUUCUCCGACACGUAAACAAUCGGUCGGCCAUGUUGGAUAUACUGGUGAAUCAGACAUCGCAACAACACGCAAUCUGAUUGGUCAGAAGUGGACACACAGUAUGGGAAACUUUAAAGAAAUCGACCAUGAUUUGAAAAAACAAAUUUGGCAAUAUCGCAGGACAGGAAAACAUUGCUGAUGUGAACGCUUGUAUUGACAGGAUAUGGGUUUGGAAAAAAAUAUUGAUGUCUGAAAUAAUCGCACGACAAAAACGGUCCCGGUGUGUAAGGACCUUUACUGGUAACUUUCUUGUAUUGCAUUAGGGGUGUCCCGAUACAACUUUUUUACUUCUGAUACAAUGCCGAUAUUGUAGCCUUCAGUAUCGGCCGAUACUGAUAUUGCUCCAAUAUUAGCACAAACUUGUGCAGGACAAGCUUUGCUCUUAGCUGCAAUUUCUUUUUGGACUUUAAUGAAAAAUACUGCCACACAGCCGACAUCACUUCUAAUCCUUGCUACUUUGUUUGUACCUUAGUAAACACUGUUGUCGGGAUUACGUGGGCUCUACAUGCUGGAUCAGGGUGUUGCUAGCUAGGGGUGUCGAAGUGGAGUCUGGAAUGGACUGCUUGUAUUGGAGUGCUGAUAUUGAAGAUUUUAGAUGCAGGCUAAUAUAAUCUGAUAUAUGUAUAUAUAUAUUUUUUUUGCUGAUAUUGAACUCAUCUUAUUUCAAUAUCGUAUCAGGACAUCCCUUUUUUGUACAUUUGUACACACGGUUUAAAAACUCCUGUAUUAUUGCUCAUUAGUCUUUCUGGAUUGGUCAGUUAUCUCUCCCUGGUUUAUUUUUACACGUAUCUGCUUUAAUGUGUUUGUGCGCGCGUGUGUGUGUGUGCGUGUGUGUGUGUGUGUGUGUUCAUAAAGGCAGUAGGCACCCUGUAUGUGUGUGUAUGUGUGUAUGUGUGUGUGUGUGUGUGUGUGUGUGUGUGUGUGUGUGUGUGUGUGUGUGUGUGUGUGUGUGCUGGAGGAAAAGAGUUAGCAAGUACUCGGCUGUUGGUUUAAUAAAACGUUGAUAUACACCUCAGGGUUGUUGUGUUUCACUCUCCCGGGCUCCAUCUUUGUCCCACAGCCCGUCCCUUAUUACCCACAUGAAAGAAUCAACAAACUGCUCAGUUCCUAUUGAUGUUGUGGCUUUAAAGGACAGCAGCUUGUUCAAGGCUGCAGUCUGAGCUAUUAAUUUUUCAUCCAUUUAAUCAGUGACAGUGGCAGGAAGAAGGAGAAGCCUAAGGGAGACACGUCACUGUUUCCCAGCAUUAUUUAGUAGGUUGUAGAGAGAAGGACUGUGGCUGGUUGGCUGCCUGGUGAUGGCCUCAGCUUGAAAUAAUGGAGUUGUCGUGAAACCAGAGUUUGGAAAAUUGAUGCUAGUAUAAAUCAAACCAUGUUGACACCUGUUUUGAUACCGCAGCAACAAAAAGUAUAUCACAUCCUGAGCACCAAAAUUUUCCUGAGCAUAAAUCAACAUCUGGCGUACUCUUAGGCUACCUAAAAAGGUCUUUCAUGAAAUUAUAUUGUUUAGACCGAUUAAAUGACGCUGUCAGUCAUCACAAGCAGCAUCCACCGAGUGUGCGGUGGGGUCUGUAUCUGCAGCUACCCUCCUCUGUUCUGUCAUUGUGUCACUGCCUGAGUUUGAGACAUUUCCAUGUGUCAUUCAUCGGAGGUGGUGGAGAUCACAGCCAACCCUCCGCUGUCAGGACUUGAAGGACGAGCAUUGAUCAGGUGACGUCACUCUUUCUCUCCUCUAUCCUCUGACUGCAACAGUCCUAAAUAUAACCUGCUCAUCUCUAGUAGAUGCCAAAGGACCUCACAAAACAUCAGUAUUUGCUGACCUGUGAAGGAGGACAUUUAGUGGUGCUGUGGCUGUAUAAGAGCUGCCAGUGUGACGAACAGGCAGGAUUAUGCUGGGCUGUUUUUAAACAGCAUCCCACACUCUCCUUCAAGUUUGUGUGGAGGUGUGGGCCUGUUAGCUUGUUAUUUAGAGUGUGACAGCUGCGAAACAAUCUGUAAAUAAUGAAAUAAUUUCCCGUUCCUCUGCUUUGUAUUGAUUUGUGGCACGUACUCGCCCACUCCCACUCUCUCUUUGGCUCACAGUAGGUUUGGGAUAAAACUAUGACUGCAAAUAAAUACAUACACAUACAGAUAAAUCAAAAGAUAUCGAAGUUUUAAAGUUUGAAAUGAACUCAUUUGUGUUGUUAAUGUUUCUACUUCACGUUGGUAAACGGACUAGUAGCACUUUUCCAGUCUUUCUCACCUCUCGAUGCACUUUUCCACUCUACUCACAUUCACCCAUUCACACCACAUUCACACACUGAUGUCAGAAGAAGCUACUGUAGGGCUCCUUCAGUAAUAACCGAUUCCAUUCAUGCACAGUCACACACUGCUGACUAUGGGUGCACUCGCUUCAGGCCCAGUUGCCCUGUACCUUGUUGGAGCACUGACACUGCCCCUGGGCCGACUAAGCCUUAACACAAUUACUUCUUUUAUAUGUCAUUGAAUCAUAAUAUGACACAGGCAUGGUUUCCAACAAACUAAUAUCAAACAUUUAAAUGAAUAAUUCAAUCAUUAUUAUUAUGACCACACACUGAGAAACAGCCUGUAAAUGCCAGACUGCACACGGGAAACACCUGCUGUGCAGUAAAUACGUUCCCAUUCUAAUCAAUGAGGCAUCAUAUACAGGAUGCGUCUGAGCUCCGUCUCAGCUCUGUCCCAGUAGAGUCUUGACGCCAUGCUCUGCCAAAGAUACGUUCAGAGAAGAUCGUCCCAGACAGGAUAUCAAGAACGGUAAAGGUGUAUGCCAUCCGGUUAAUUCUAAAAUAAAACACCAUAUGCAGACUCUCGACUGUAUUUUGAAUCAUGUAGGUGAGAAAUACUUCCUGGUUAUGGAUUUAUUGGUAACCCUUUCUUUUACAGUACACUUAUUACCAGGUUAUUAACAGGUAAUUACCUAGUAACAACAUGAAAUUAUCUGGUAAUUACAUGACAACUACUAAGUCAAUACUGUCUAGUUUUUUUCUUUUUUCUGUGCAGCUCCAUUUUCAAAAGCUAUUUGGGGUUCUUAUUUUCUAUGAUUGACACUUGAUACAGCCUAUGGGAGUGCGAAGGUUGCAUAGCGAUACGCUGUUUGAGCCAAGCAUUAUCACAGCGACUCACCCGCCGAAUGCGUACAAUGCUACUGCGCAAGUGGUGGUUCCAGGAUGCAGAGAAAAUCCUGGAAAAACCAGAGCAGUUCGGCGUCAAGUUUGUAUGAUGAUGGAAGGUUACUUACCUGGUAACUAGACAGUAUUGACUUAGUAGUUAUCAUGUAAUUACAUGUUGUUACUAGGUAAUUACCUGGUAAUAAGUGUACCGUAAAAGAAAGCGUUACCGAUUUAUCAUUAACACAGAAAAGCCCCAUGGUCUAUCCCUAAUCCAUGUGGACACCAACAGGACUUAAAGCUGCUAAUUCUGUCUGAAGGUAACAGCACAGUAAGGUGAAACAUAGUUUAUUAAACACGAGUAAACCUGCAAUAACCCAAACUUAAAAAUCACGUUGCUUGUUCACACACAGUUGAAGCACAACAAUCACAAAAAAAUCUCAAACUUUUACUUUUUACUUUAAUUUGCAUGAUAAUUUAUUUCAGGAAGUCAAAAGUAGAUCAAAUACAGCCCCUCACCAACUCUGCCAGCUGAAAGAAAGUUGCGGACUGUCAUAGAAAAUGUGCUUUUUUUUCCCUCCUAAUGAAGAUCAUUCGGGCUGUUGUUGAUCAUUUGCCCUUGUCAGCCACCGUAGUGAUUCUGUUGGUGAAAAGUGUAAUUUGCCCUGUACACUUUGAUCAGCCAGUCAAUGCAGUGUUUCAGGGGGUGUGAAGGGCAUCUGUGGGGUGACUUAUUGACUUGCUGUAUUGACCUUUCCGUACUCACGCUCAGUGUGUGCAACAGAACAAUAAUGAUGAAUGGUGAUCAAUCAGAACCCAAUUUAACUCUAAAAUUAAUGAUGAGAGCCUGAUUUAUUAUGAUACACCCUGAUAUAUGAGUUGAGUUAGACAGCUUAGGCAUUAAAAAGGAUCCCUCAGACUUAUUAUCAUACAUGCAUCACUCUCUGUAUUUGAAUUUUACAUCUUAUAAAAACCUCCAGUUAGCAGUGAAGAUCUAUGAGGUACGGAGAGACGCUCACUCAAAAAAGGUCGUUAUGCAGCCAGACCUUUCAAGCUCAUUAAAGAGACUUGUAAUGUUAGCUGUAGGUGAGCUCUUAUCUCAGCUGUAGGCAGCCAUGUUUAAUGUGAUUUCAUGCAAAGUGAUUAGUAAAGGGGGAUGUGUGUAUCAUAGACUGUUGCUUGUUUUCUGGUGAGGUUACAAAAAAUCCAGAACAAUGAGUUUAAGAAGAGCUUUAGAGGUUGUGUUUCAUUAACCAUCUAAACUUAUCCCAUUUAUUUUGAUCCAUACUCACUCCUGUAUGCCCCCCCACAUCCUUGCAUAAAACCAAAUCUUUUGUUUUCUAUUCAUUGAAAGAGUCCUUGGACAAAAGCACCAGUGGAGAAAUAAUGAGGAUAUUUUCAGUAUUACUUUCAAGUUAUUUGAAGAGCACAAAACAUAGGCAUAGUGGUUCAUGGAUGAUAGGGAUAGGAAUCACUAGUGGCCCCACGAUACAAUAUUAUCACGAUACUUGGGCCAUGAUUUGAUAUCACUGUAAUUUUAAAGAUUUCAAAUACAUUGAGUAUUGAAAUACCAUUUAUUGUGAUUUACUAAUUGUUUUUUACCGAUAACGAGUAUUUUAUUUUCAUGUAUCACUUCUUACAAACCUGAUGUGUCAUGUCUACGGCUGGGCAAUAUGGCCUCAAAUCAAUAUCACAAUAUAUUAAGCAGUUCAGCUCGAUAAAAAUAAAUGGACUAUAACUGCUCCACAAGCUGCUCACCCCCUCCCACAUUAACUUUGUCUACUUUAGCCGCCGCUCCUUUUAACUGUCCUCCAUCUCCUCACCUGUCUUUCCCUCUUUGUUAUGGACUGGAUGGGGUGGAGUCAUGUCUCUGAAGUCAGACAGCGUCUUAAAGGGACAUGAGACUAUAGCCUACCUACACACAUCCAAAACCAACUUUUUUAAAAUAAUUUUUUGUGACACCAAAUAUAUUGACAUGAGCAAAAUGACGUUUGAUAUUGUCGUAAAAUGUGGUAUCUGUAAAUUUUCGGUUUAUCACCCAGCCCUAGUCAUUCCCACCUUAUUCGUGCCCUACUUGCAUUCCUUAUGUCCUUCCCUACUUUCUCCUGCUCCAUGACAAUGUCACCUCUGCUGACCUCACUUGACAAACAAUCGAUUUAUUUUUCCAUUAUCAUAGAUCUCAGUUCAUAUCAGCAGUUAUUUUGAAAAAAUUGAUACUUAGCGGAUGAAACGAUAAAAUAUAUCAAUAUAUUUCUCCCGGCCCUAAUGGAUGACCAGACUCUAGCAGAGAAAAGAAGUCAAGGUAUGUAUAAACAGCUUGUGAUCCCCGUCAUCAUAAGGAACCGGACCCCAGAUUGAAUACUGAGAAUUUGCACUAACUUGUGUUUAUAUAGUGUAUGGAUUACACUCUUCAUGCUUGUAGAAGUCUUAACACAGAUGGAGAUCUCAGUGAAACUUUUACAGUCAAAUAUGUCUGUACGGUCGAGAACAAUGUGGUCCAGUUUGUGGCCUCACAGGGUCAUCUUGAACAGAUUAUGGGGAACAAUUAAAGUCACCUUUUUAGAUGAAAUACUUCACUGGAGUUUUGACCUUCCAGAACUUCCCCCCUCCACCUCCAUUAUGAAAGUACAGCUGGGCCAUUAAGUUCUCCUCUCCAUCAAUGGCUCCUACCUAGGACAUCACUAAACUGCCAGAUGUCUGCUUCAGAUAGCAAACUGGCAACCAUGACAGUUCAGUUCUUGCAGCUCAUUGAAAAGUAUAUAGUAAAUAUUGUUUUUUUCAACCCCCAUGUCCUUACAUUUUGCGAUCGCAGGGUCUUAAAACAAGUCGGCUUGCAUGUCGUAUUUCAUCCGUGUCAUGUAGAAUAAUUGCUGGAUUGGUUCAGCUCUAAUCUUUAGCUGUUAGCUUGUAUGUGGGCUGGCGGAGGACCGAGGGGGGAGGAGGAGGAAGAGGGGGAGGAUAGAGAGGGGGAUGGCAGGAGUUAAAAAAAGACAAAGCUAUGAGGGAAUAUUGACAGACUGUACAGUAGAGGCAAGAAACAGCACUGCUAAACAUACAGCAGCACAGUCGAGAACAGCAUGCGGCGCUUCAAUCAUUUUUGGCCCAAAAUGAGCCUGACACAGUGUUGAGCUAUCGAGCUCUCUGCUGCUAUUGUUGGCCGCUGAUUGCUCGUGGCUGCAGAAAAGCCUGUUUGAAUUAGAAAAUGAAAGUGAGCAGAGAUAGUGGCAUAUUGACUGGCAUUGACAGUGGACGGAGGGGGAGAGGGAGAGGGAGGGGCAGCAGAGAUGGGGGGAGUAUUGACAGAUGAAGAGAACAGGAGAUAGAGCACUCUCUCUUCCUAAUAGGAUUAUUGUGUAAAUGUGUUUGUCUGAAGGGCCGCCUCUAGAGGCCUCCAAAUAUGUGUGUGUGUGUGUGUGUGUGUGUGUGUGUGUGUGUGUGUGUGUGUGUGUGUGUGUGUGUGUGUGUGUGUGUGUGUGUGUGUUUAGGACAAGCGAUAGGAAGUGAGGAAAAAGAGCAGUUUUGGGAGCAUAAAAUUCAGAACAACUUGGAUGGAUAAUUGGGCAUGUGUAAUUCUUAUGGCAGUUUUGGAAGCAUUUCAGAUAAACCAACACAGAUCUGUUCUAGUGUCCCGCUCAAGCUGGGUUCAGACAGUAGGAAGAAGUGCCACAAAGCGCCCCAUAGCGCUGCAAAAUGCUGCUCGCCUCCGUUCAGUGCCCAUUUCAACUAAUUAGGCUUUUCAGACAGGAAGUGGCUAUCAUAUCAGUUCUGUUUAACUUUUAGCAGUAAGCCAAUCUGGCAAAAAAACCCACAAAGAUAUGCUGAUUUAAUCUUUAUUAAGUUUUUCAAUUGCAGAUUAUGAUAUAGAUCAUAUGACCCUGACAAUCUUAAAAAGCAUCCCUUACUAAUCCUAAUUGGUGUUUGGCUGUAUAACAGUAUAUACCGUGUGAUGGUAUAAAAGUUUCUACUGGCUGAAAUUUUGCUUUACCAUUUAUACUGGGGAGAGAGAGAGAGAGAAAGAGAGAGCGCAGAUGUCUGCUGCAUCUCUCUGGGUCAGUGUGUAGUUGUCGGUGCUCCCUAAUAGGGAUGCACCAAUCGGUGCAAUCACCGAUAUUUGAUAUCGGUAUUGGUCCCGAUACUGAAUGGGCCUGAUGCAUAGGGGCCGAUCUCUUCAGUCUAACUCUAUGCUAUGCGCCGUGAGUGGCAUCCACAAGUUAACAUGCUGAGCGGUUGCCCACAUUGUUUUCAAAAUGGAGUGACCAAAGGGGUCUGCUAUCUUGAACUUUAUCACAAUACUUAAGCCUACAAGCUCGACAGCCAAGUAAAUGUUCCGAGGGGUGAUGGUAAAACUUCAGGUCACAACAAAAGGUAAUUCAGUGCGGCUUUUCUGCAUCGGAAUUGGAUCGGUAUCAGCCGAUAUUAAACUGUAGAUAUCUGUAUCGGUAUUGGAGGUGAAAAAAGUGGAUCAGUGCAUCCCUACUCGCUAACAGGAAAGCUGGAGCGAAUCUGUUGUGUUUCCGUAUAUUCACUAGCGUGUCAUGCAGAGUUUGUUUGAUGGGUCAGGUUUGGGUGCGCUCCCUAUAAGCAGACUGCUUGGCACAGUUUCAACAAAGAAGAAACUGCUUCACUGGUGGUGGUCAUGGCAGACGUGGAGAUUAGUGGCAGUACUGAGCAAAUGGGGGCAGCCCGACCGACCCAACAUGAGAAAGAGGAGGAAGAACUAGUUCUGAAAAGGGCGCAAGUCGUGACAUUGGUUGUCUGGAGAUUCUUCUGAUUUAGAAAAUCUGACAGUGAUCAAGUGUCGUGUGGAUGUCAUUGCUGGAGGAGGAAACACCAGCAACCUCUUCCACUACCUAAAGAUGAAACACGGCAAGCUCUAUGAGAGAAAAUCGUUAGACUGGUCCGACAUUUUGUUCGCAUUUGUAAACAAAUCCGAGUUUAAAAAUAAAAGGAAAAUGAAUGAAUGCGACAGUAUGGUUAUUUUUGAGCCAUGAAUUGAAUUCACGGAGGGAAAAAACAUACCGUGAUAAAUACCGUUACCCUGAUAUGAAAUCACUCAUACCGUGAUAUAAGAUCUUGUUCAUACCGCCCAACACUAGUCCUUAUCCUAUAAUUUCUUCCCAUUUCAGUGGUGGGCCUCUUGACUCCCACAUUCCCCCCCAACCUCCGUUAGACUGCAGUUUUAAAUGUCAUGAAAACUUUUUAUAAUCAUCAUCAACUCAAUCAGAACUUUCCUUAACACUGUGGAGGAGUGCUGUCCUAGCAUAAUGUUUGUUAGUUUCCCUAAUGCUCUUUUAUCAGCCCCAACACUAAAUCAGUGCUGCUGCUCAAACUAAGCUCUGCCUGUCAGCCUGUCUACUCCCAUUCACCACAAUCCACUCACACAGAUGGAAAAACAAAAGCUCUGCAAAUAUGACAUCUCUCAUAUUCCAAAUGGAAUCACUGCACUUCCUAAUGAACGCUGACGAAAUACUCCGCCUAAAAGUCUGCAGCAUUGUGAAACGGUAAAAUUAUCAUGGUGUAAUGGGAAGGGUGAUCCAAAUACUUUCUUUGGCUGUAAUAUUAUCCGCCUUACUCAAAAUUACACAUGCUGCUGUGUUUCAGAUAUCCCUUUAAGGCUUCGCGCUCCAGUGCUUGUCAUGAGUGUUGGCGGUUUGUUGGAAGCUGGUAUCAGAGAGGUGGAUGGCAGGAAGUAAGCGUGGUGGUGGUGGUGGAGCAGGUCAUAUGAGCAGACCUGGUGAUGAAGAAUUGAUGCAUUGAACGGGCUUGCUGCUUGCUUUUCUGACUCCACAGGGGUGCGGUGUUGUUGCUGGAUGGAUAUUGAUUAGUUCUGUUGGUGGGGUGAUUAUGUGUGACAGGAAAUAAAUGUGACCUCAGCUGCAAGCCUACCAACUCUAUUCAGCUUGCAACAUCCGGUGCAUGAGUGUAAAAACACUGAAAUUCAAACACACACACGUAAAAUUAAAGCAAUCUCUCAAAAUGAUCAACCACAAUUGAAAUCCUUUGUAUUCGGUUUUAGUCAACUCAAAGAGCGUAAUAUGAAGUUGUGAAAUAACAGAGCAAGAACAUGCAGAAAAAAAAAAACUGUGUCCAGCUCAGGGUGGCCACAUUUUGGUAGCAUAGGAAGCCCUUUGCAUAUUCAUGAGAUCUUCAAAUGGAUUUUUUUACAUAUGCUGUGUGGACUUAUUGGCUGCUCUAGCUUGGCUCUGCUUUUCAAGUCAUCUCGUUUUUAUUAAAGGUCCGGCGAUUAUUUUGGCCAUGGGCUCUGAUGCAGCAGUCCCUUACUCUUGCAUUCACUGCUGGUAUGUUGUAUGUGCCGACCCUGUUCAAAAAAAUUUACUACACGAGCUCAUACUGAGUGAAAACCAGAUGGAAUGGCAUGUCGCUGCAGGAUGUCAUUGUCAUCCCUAAACUUCUUUGCUUCUCACAAGGCGUGAGUAAUCAAAACCAAAAACCCCAGACAUGAAUUCAGUUGACCCAAGUUUUCCACCAGUCCAAGUAUACGCGAUACUCCUCUGUUGUCUUUCAAACUCGUUUCUCACCACAUCAUCACAAGCUGCCUCUUUGGCCACACUUCUGUCAGCGUAAUACAAUCUUGAGUGACAGAGAGGCAGCUGUGUCAGAAACAUACCAGUUGUAAAGCUUUAUCUGUUGUUUAAAAAGUAAACUCCAACAAGAAAACAGCAAAAGAAGAGACUGGUAACAGCUUGUUGGCACAGCCUUAUGUCUAUCAUGGGUGGGAAAAAUAUUGAUUCGAUAUAAGCGUGGUACAAAUUUUAGUUUGCUGGAGGCUAAUUAUAGAUAUUUGGAUUGAGAAACUUCUCUUAACUGAUUCCCGAUUUCACUACUUCGUGACUUCUCACAUUGGCACGAAUCAUAUGAAUAAAAGUUGGAGGCCAGCAGUUUAUAAGUUAAAGAAGUUUAUAGCAGCAUAAUAUCAAGGGAAGACAGCAGUACGCUAGUCGACUUGGAAUAGCAGCUGAGAGAUGUGUUGGCUGCUUUAAAAUCAAAACGAGAAAGAAGAAAAAGAUUUUCCACUGCUUUAUGUCGUGAUGAGGGGAAGAUGGAGAAUAUGCUGAGGUUUUCAGAGAAGAGUUGAUAAAAUUAUACAAUAUCAGCAACAACUACCAAUGUAAUAUGAUGUGAUCCAUACAAGAGCAGGCCAGGGCAAGUAGUCAGGUUUCAAUUUCAUUUCAUUCAAUUUCUUACAGGUCAUUUGUCGUUUUCAAGUCUGCACCUUUAUAACAUCAAGACUUAGGGGUACGUUUGAUACAGGUCAAUGUCACUGUCAAGUUUGGCAAAUGUUAGCCUCAGUCACUCUGAAUGUACACACACACACACACACACUGUGGCCACAUUUAUAAUUUCCUUGAGGGAACCCUCCCAAAAAAAUAAAUAAAGUUGUAUUAAAUCUAAUCUAGUGACACUGUGUACUGCUGAAGCGCAACAUGUUGAAGAAGACACAGUGGUCCACAAUCAUUUCUUUGCACUCCCAAACUUUGUGAGACACAGCAGGUGGCACAAUAUUCCUGAGUCUUAAUUUUCAUAUUUUCAUGAUCAUUGGGAGCCGCAGUUGUAAUUGAAAUUGAAAAUUAAACUCCAAUUAAUCGCCCAUUUUUAGCAGCACCACACACUUUGCAAAUUGCAUCUGAUUUUAUUAAGUUCUUUCUCCAUUAAAACCCACAUCGUUCAUUCAACUUCUGUUAUGUUUGUUUUACACACCUCCUUUACUAUUCUCCAAUACAAAAGUUUACUUCCAGGGCGCACAUACAGUAGUGUACUUUCCCAGUGCAGGUUUACCCUUUUAUCUUAUUUGGAUCUACUGUUGAAGGAAUAAAAUAAGAACAAAUCAAAAAGUUAAAAUUAUUUGUUUGCUCGUAUUUGUGUAAAAAAAGUAUGCAUAGAACAUCUCACCUUAAAUGCACUGGAUUUGACCUGCGCAGACAUUCAACAACUGCUGCAUCUACAUUUCAAACCUGCAUCCAUACAUAACUGCUCUUCUGAUGCUCUCAGUUAAUCUGCCCACCACUGCUUCAUAGCCACUUUCACUCACUAUGAGUGGACUCAACAGUCCACCAAGUGCUACAGGAUAAUUACUGCCCAGUUUAUAGGCAGGUAGUGGGACCCUGCUCUUUUUGUAUUGUUCAGUUAAUCAGAUAUUACAGUGCAUUAUUUUAUCAUUGUUUUGCAUUACAGGAUUGUUGUUUUGUGAUAUAUUUUUGUUGAGAGCCAGGUAUCGUGUAUCCCAUCAUAUAUCAUUUAAAUUUGAUAUAGUAUUGAAAGUUGCCAGCCCUGAUGGCUUUAAAACAGCCAGAGAGCUUUUAGCACUGACUUAAAUCAAAGCCCCUUGGAUUUAGUAAUGUAGCUUUUGAAAUUCUCAUCUUUACGAUUCAAUCCAUGAUUUAUUUAAGCAGUCUCAGCAGGGGCCUUGCUUAAUUCUGCCAUCAGUCUGUUAGUAGCCAAUGAUGCAAGGCACCCAUCAACAAUGACACUUAUCUCUGUGUGCCGCCUGGCUUCCACCAGACCUAACAACUUUUUCCACAGAAACCGGUGUCAGGAUUAUCUUAUCAGUACGGCUUAACUGGUGGGUGUCCUCCUGCGUUUAAUUAACUGAUUGGUGUAAUUUUAUAUAAGGUCACUCAAUAGAUCAAGCAAGUUAAUUUUAAAUGAAGCUUCAGCCAGGAUUAAAGGAUAAUCCACUUAAACUGCACACGAGGAUCGUAAAUUUUGAAUUAGCCUGAUGGUUUUGAUUUUUGUCAUACCUGUUAAUAAAGCUUCACGUUUCAAAAAGUGGAGCAUUUCUUUCUGAGAGCUCUCUGGAGAUCACUCAGUGUCUUGAUCUUUUCACACACACACACACACACAGAUCCAACCCUCCACAAAAAGAGUUGAAUUGUUUGUUGUUUUUUUCUUUACCUCAUCCAUAUUUUCUCUCUGUUUUCAGACCAAGCUAUGACUAAAGUACAGAUAUUUUCAUGUGGACCUGUUGUUUCUUUUUGUUAAUUUUAUAAAAUCUGAGGACCCUGUGUUUUUCUUAUUUGAGAAAGGUUUGCUCAUUUAUUUUAUCAAGCGCAAAGUUAACUUGGCUCUGAGGACCAUAAAAAUAACCAAAAACCAUUUUGUCAAAGUAAAUCAUUGAUUAAUUUAGCCAUCUGUAAACAAGGAUGUUUGUGUUCACAUUUUGUGUGUCUUUGUGUGUGUGUGUCUGUAUUUGAGGAUAAAUAAAAUCAUGAGUAAUGAAAGCCUGUGAUCUGGCAGGAAUUUCUGGUGAAUCUGGAGCCUCAGAGCUUUUCUUUGGAGCGGGUGGGUGGGAGGGUGGGGUUGUCAACAAGCAGGAGGCAAUUUUAAUUAGCUAUGCUGUUGUUGAAGAACUAAUCAGCUUUAUGCAAGGAUCUCACGCACACAGACUGACACACAUACAAAUGCGUUAAAGGAAGCUUGUGGAAAUAGUGGAAUGUGCUUGUCGGGGGGUGGGGAUGGGGAGUGGAGGGGAUGAGCGGCAAAGAGGGACAGGAGGCUAUAAUGGGAUGCUUUGAAUUUAACAAAAUUAACACACAGCCCUGUAUUUUGUUUGGUCCUCAUCCCGUGCACAAGCUCAGCUACAGUUUGUUGGUUCAUUACAGAACAUGGAACUAUGGGAAGACUUUUUAAUUAAACCUAACCCCCCAACACUGUGUUAUUUAGAUUUACUCUAAAUUGCAUUAUCACAAAUGCUUAGAGUUUGUCAGAGCAGUGGAACAACCUACUUAAGUUUUCUUUGCAUCUGUCUGUAUCAGGUCUGCCAAGAUUAGUUGACUUGUCACAAUGACAUGGACUAUCAAAAUUGUUGGUGACUAAUUUAACAAUCAAUGUUGUCUGGGUUUUUUUAUUUUUUUAUGAAGCUUUUUUUUUCUUUUCAAAACUGCCACUGUACUUUCCACUGUCUUGUCUCACUUGUCGUUGUCUGUCCUUGAUGCCAGUUGUGGUUAUCCAGGUAAGCAGUGAUGUCUAUGGAAAAGUGAUGCCCGAACAGAGUUGCGGCUUACCGGCAACGGAGCUCAACAGUUUGGGAGCAUUUUUCCAAACUGAAAGACAAGCAUGUGCAAUGCAAAAUCUACAAGACAGAACUUGCCAUCUAUGGCAGCAUGGCGGCGAUACACGAGCAUCUGAAAAGAAAGUAUGUCGUAGCGGUUUCCGUUUCCAACAGUCAUCAGUCGUCUCGGUAAGCUAAGGUUGGCUAGUUGGCUGCUAACAUAAAAGUCAACAUUGAGCUUCUCACGUUAACGUUAACGAUGACGAUUUCAUUAACCUUAGCACAUACCUCGAAUACUUAAAGCUGGAAGCUAAUGAUGGUUAUAUUGGAACUAAGAAUGCACCGAUCCACAUUUUUUCACAUCCGAUCUGAUCUUGUUUCCUGAAUUUGUAUAUCUGACUAUACCACUACCAUUCCGAUACCAGAGCUCUGUUAGCUUUAUCAUCAUUAUUAUCAUUAAUGUUUAUUUUAUACGAGGCAAUGAUAAACUCCACUCUACAGGCAAGUAUAUGUACGUAUGUUUUUCCUGAACAGAGUCAUGUCUCAUCUCUGUGUCUCAUUGAGACACGCCACCGUUCAGGAAAUCCAUUGCACAGUUUGCAGUCAGCUAGCAGACAGACCGGCAAGAAUCACUUGUACAUGAUUACAGAAGACAAAGUUAAAGCAAAGACAUGACUUCUGGAUCAGAAAUUUGCACAGGUUGGAUCGGAAAUUUCCGAUCCAUGAAUUAUGUUGGUAUCGGAAGCCAAUAUUGAUACUGGAUCGGAUUGGCCCCAUCCCUAAUUAGAGCAUCUGCAUGCUGGUGCAAUAAGCUGUAAUUUACGUCUGAUCCGAUUUGUCGACUAAUUGCAAAAAUAAUCGGCGACUCGUUGAUUAUCAAAAUAAUUGUUGGUGGCAGCCCACAUUCUGUAUGAGUGUGUUUGUUUGAUACUGAAUCAUUUAUCUUACAGUCAACAUAAGAGAGGAGUGUCCUGGGUUUUUGUCAUGUAUCAAUGACAUGUUGUUCAUGCACAAGUCACAAUGGCGAUCAUAUUGGGUACAACCUAUUUCUUUAGAACUAGCAAAACAAAGUAGGAAAGUCAGUGCAGCGCUGACUGAAGACAGCAGCAGCACAAAGCCAGCAGGGCGAGUUUAAUAGAUGUAAACAUGCUUUAAGGAGCUACAAUGGUACGUCUAUAAAGGCGACAAUAGCAGAGAAUCAACUCCAGAGUCCAUCAGUGGAGCAGCUCCAGAGAACAGAAAAGAGUCUCCUCUUUUCUUUGUAACUUACCUGUUGUUAUCCUCCUCACCCAUUUGUCUUUUUCACACUCUCUUUUCUCUCUGCUCCCCUCUGGAGCCUGGUGCCAGACACCUCACAGUCACUGCUGCUUACAGGCUGUAGCUCCCUUCUCUAAAUGGGCAGUGCCUUUGGUUGGUUCAUAGGGUGAAAGGCAAAGGGGUCACAGUGGUCAACAUCACAGACUCAAGUGUUCUGCUUAAUAUUCAAGCAAUACAAAGACACUUCACUUCAACCCCCACAGUCAGACUUGCUGGGAGGAAAUUCAGCUCAUAUGAACAGACACCGUGGGGGAAAACAGUCAGAUUUUAGUCAGACCUUGAUUUGUCAAGUUCAGUUUGGACAACAGGUUCUUCUCCAGGGUACUCUACAUACAGUGAAGUCAAAGGUAAAUGGAUGAAACCCAGCAUUGGUAUGACUAACUAUCUAUACAGAUGAAAAAGUGUUCAGUUGGACUAAAUCAGUCUAACAUGAAAUGUGAUGAAGAGUCAGAGACAUGCUAUUUAGAAGUGUUUUAAAAAAGUUAGUUCUUGGAUAUACAGUGAAACUCUUGUAUUCACAUGGGUGCUGUAAGACAACUGUUUCGGUGUUCAGCAGCUAAUCGCAUAUUUAGCAUAACUAGCAGAAACAGUUAAUAGUUUUAACUGCUCACAGCCCCAAAGGCCUUUAGAUCUGCCGGGUUAAUAAGCUUUUUAGCAUCUAGCAGACUAAGGUCAAGGGGUGAGCGAGCCUUUGCUGUGCUGGCACUUCAGCUUCACUUUUCUUCACGCUGGCAGUCAGUCUGCUGACACGGAUGGUCAGCAGUUGGCCUCAUUUAUUUCCCUUUUAUCUAUUUCCCUACUAUGUGAUCUUUGACUUGGGCUUUUCUUUUUUGUUUGUAUUCUUAAGUGCAUCUCUAUGUUCUCAGCCGAAGGAGAAUUUAUUUUAUUUUCUGAAGGCUCAUUUGGCAGGAAAGCCUGAUUUUGACGGAUCAUUUUCCAAGCUUCAAUCAGCUGGUUUGUGUCUUGAUGAAAUGCUAACCCCACCGCUCAAAAAUUUCUGCAGGCGGCUGUUUUUAUUUCUUGGGUGGAUUUUAUUGUGCCAGGCUGUCUGUGCACAAAAAACCUUCAUGAAAUAAAUCACAUCUGAACAUGUAUUACUUUUCCAGACUCGACUGUAUUCAGGGUCUCUAUCUGACAAAUGUUUUUAAUUAUCUGUCUUCUUUGUAGUUCCUUAAGGCAAGUGGUAAUGUUGCUGUUUUCCUCUAAAUUAAUAUAAGUAUUUGAAAUAUGUAAUUCUAAGUACUGGUGUGGACCACAUCUUUAGUAAGCUGCAGAUAUUCCUGCACUAAUUGCAUAAAUGCAUGAAGGCUUAUUUUACAUAUUUAGUCAUGCAUCACGCCCUCUUGUUCGUGUGUGUGUCUGUGAGAGAGGGAGAAAAGGAGAGCGAUUUUUAGUCUGAGUUGAUACUUUUUGUCGCAGGUAGUCGGUUUCCAACACACCACAAAUGUGAAGCAUCCAAGGGUCACAGAAUUAUGAAGGCAACGGUUGCUAGGAGACCAUCCAUCCACACUUUGGUGUUCAAGAGAAUCCAGCAUGUACUACUGCAUCAAACCAAGAGUCUCACACACAAAGGCAUGAACACGGAGACAGACAUACACACACACACAAGGAAAAGACAAACAUGCACGUUUUGUUACUCCUUUGUAUUUGCGCUUACACACAAACACAUACAUAGACACACAAAAGCUGGAAGAUGUGCGAACAGAAAACAAAGACAGAUGGCCAGAGAAAGGCUGUCAUGAGUUAUUGAGCAGGUGACGGUUUUUGUCUGCAGACUUCUUGAAGUCUGUGCAGAGCAGACACGUGUCCCCCCCCCCCCCCUUCCUUAAGAAAGAGACUAAAUUUUCGGUAUAUUUGAAAUGAGGCUGAAAUAAAACGGUCAGCGGGCAGAUAUGUCAUAUAUGCUGCUUUUCAGCCUUGCAGGAAAAUUGGAUUUUAACAUAAUAAACCCCAGAGUGCAAAAGUUUCACCGCCAAUUAUCAGUUGAAUAAUGUGUCACUGUUUUAGCCCUUAGCUGAGAAUUGCUAACUGGAAAAGACGACACUUUUCGCUGUAGUCUACAGUGAAACAUGUUACUCAGAGUCUGUUGCACAUCCAUGGCUGGCUUCAGGGGGCAAACUCUACCGAAAGCAGUGCUUCCCCAUCCCCCCUCUCCUGAUCUCAUGAAAUUAAAGAAGGGUGGGUGUCCCUCAUGAUAAUUGUAAAGUGUCAAUCAUACUGCUUUGGUCAGAUAUGACCAUUGGCCCACAAUUGCACUUAGCUGUGAGACAACAAGCAUGAUUGCAGCCAAAACAGAAACAACACACAUACAUUGUAGUCUGAGUAACAAUCAUGGUUUCACAAUGCUUUCACAACCACUUGUGUUUUAAUGUAGUUUUAGAAUAGCAGCACUUAAUGUAAGGAGCAUAAGGUAUGAAUUAUUAACCUCUUCAAACCUCAAACCUACAUAGUUCAAGUGUUGAAUGUAUUUUUUCCUACACCUAAAUAGUAAAGCUCGACAUUUAGGCUGUAUAUGAAACACUCUGAACGCAGCACAGAGAUGUUUCUGAAUGAAGAUCAUCAUAUGCUGACAGGGUCUGUCAUUCUGAGCCAGGGCCGAGAAAUGAAAGAAUCUGAGCGUCACACUUGUAUACCUUGAAAUGCUACAAGCUCAAAUCUGUUUCCCCAGGCUGCUGUUGGGAGACUGGCUGUCUUCAGUAUGUGAACACGCUGCUGCUCCUUCCGCUGCUGCUGCUGCAGCUAUUUUUAGUGUGUGGGUGUUGAGAGGUCCAGAUCAGCCUACCAGAUCAUGGAAGCUCCACAGAGACUCCACCACCACCACUGGUGCAGGAACACACACACAGAGGACUAUAUAACAGUAUGGCGGGGGUGGUGAUCGAGAAUGAAAUCUGAUGUGAUGAGACAAAAUAGUUCUCAAUACAACUGUCUAAUUCCUCCAUGGGGAGGGAGGGAGAGGCUAACCUGCUGGAAAAUUUGCAUUUUGUUUCGACAUUAAAGAAUAUAGAGGUUAAUAGUAGGUCUGGGCGAUAUGGCCUCAAAUCAAUAUCACGAUAUACUGAGCAGUUCACCUCGAUAACUAUAAAUAGACAAUAACUACUCUACAAGCUGCUCACCCCCUCCCAGAUUAACUUCGUCUACUUCAGCCGCUGCUCCAGCCACUUCCACUUUUGAACCGUCUUCCAUCUCCUCACCUGUCUUUCCCUCUUUGUUACAGACUGGAUGAGGUGGAGUCACGUCUCUGAUGUAGGACAGCAUCUUAAAGGGACAUGAGAUUAUAGCCUACCUACACACAUCCAAAAACAACUUUUAUUUAUUUUUUUUUUUGUCACCAAAUAUAUUGACAUGGGCAAAAUGAUGUCGGUUAUUGUCGUAAAUUUUGGUAUAGGUAAAUUUUCGGUUUAUCGCCCAGCCCUAGUUAUAAAGACGAAAAUGACUGUGCUCUGUCUAAUUCAAUGUGACCAGGCAAUCAGGAAACAAUGUUGAAUAUUUUCAUCAUGGUGGUUUAAAAUUUGGUAUCGUCUUGACUGAUAAUAAACACAAUCAUAUCAAAAAUUGCUCUUGCAAUCAAGCUUUAGUAAGGUUUGAUCUGGAGACUUGAUUCACAAUGCCAACCAGCCAAGAUACCCAGCUGUGGCUUAAAAUCAUCCUUUCCAGGCUAUAAUGCUGAUUUGCCAGUGCGUAAUCUCAAUAUGGAUUUGGUUGACAGUGUUCAGCUUGCUGUUAGUGGUUGUCGUGUUGCCUGCACAGAAACCGAACCAAAAAAGUUGUGUCUACCUUUUAAAGAACUGGAUUGAAAAACCGGAAACACACACAGUUGUAUCUGAAUGGGGAGCACACCAACAUCUAUGUAAUAACAACAAAGUGGAAGCAGUGCAGUUUUAGUUACAACAUGAUCCUGUUUGGCACUGGUCCUGUGAAAGUGCUCUUUGCUAUAACUUCUGUAAAAUGUGCAGUUUCUGCACAGCUCAUCUUAUUUCUCCCCAGCACCAAAUCUCUCUACCAAGCACAAAUUGUGAGGGAUGUCCAGUCAGCCUUUCUGGUCCUCGGUCCUGAUCUUAUACUUCAAUAUUAAGUAUCUGCUGAUGCUGAGCCACAAUACAAUAGUUGUAUUCGCUUAGAUAAUUGAGCUGCACAAAAUCAUUUCAGAUAUCUGCAGCUUAUUUGUUUUUAACUGAGACCAACUAGGAUUGUUUUAAAACCCCCAUGUGUGAGACCCAUCAAACUAGCACGCAUUUAAUAGCAUACUGCUGUGAAAGCAAUUCUCACGAGACACUGCAAGCUUAACAGUGGUGGCAACUGGCUGCUAGACCAAGAAUGUAAAUAUUAGACAUGAACCGAGCUUUCUAACCUUACUUUUUAAUGGCUGUUUAUUUUUUUCCGACAAAUGAUAUAACAAUAUCAACUGACCUAGAUUUCUUUGAGAGAAAGUGGAGGAGUCACUCAGCAAUGACAUGUGACAUGGAGCAAACAUUUGAGCCAAAACAAACAGAUGUCAUGUCAUGUUUACAUCACUUUGUACUGUAUGUACAGAUUCUUAGCUCCAGUAUCCAAGAUGGAUGGACAUAUCGCAUAUCCGUAAAACAACAAAAACCUGCAUUUUCAACCAUGGAGAUGGUCCUAUGGUCUAAAUAAAUGAACUCAACCACUUUCUCUGUUACCUUAUUGGCCUACUCGCUCUCAUAGGGGUAUUUAUCCUUUCUUUAGACAUCUAGAGUUUGUUGCUUCAGAAGAGCAGCCUUUUGAUUUUGUAGAUUUAGUAAACUUAUAUCAUUUUAUUGCACGUUCAGUAUCGAGUAUGUUGUAUCAAAUUCACACUGCUGGCAUUUUAGCCAGGGGAUUCAAAUUUACCUAUGUAUCAGGCUGUUUCAUCUUUGGUAUAUUUGAACCAUGUAUCCCUGGAGAGUUACAUCAGGCUGCCGUAAAGUGGUUGUUGUCGCCGUAAUCUGGCUUGCUAAGAAAACUAUCGUUUUCAUGAUCAGUGACAGCUGAGUUAAGCGAUCAGAGAAGAUAAUUGGCUCAAACAGCACAGAUCAAUUUAAAAAAUGCUCAGGUUUUCUCCUUAUUGGAUUGUAAUUUGGACAAUACAAUAAAUAACUCUUUAUAUUUAGAUUUACAAUUAAAUUAAAUCGACUUGAAAAAUAAUCCAAUUUGUGUUUGUGAACACUCACGAGAUGUUCCUACAAGCACAAUGAUAGUUUUGGACAUGUCAUCCAUCCCUGAACUAAGUACAAUCAGUCUUUCUACAGUAAAGGUCAUUUUUUCCCCCAGUUUUCUUCUGUAUUCAGCAGACUUGAACCUGGAAUGCCUCCUGAAGAGGAGGAGAGGAUGAGAUUAUGGCAGAGGACAGAGGAAAUCAUCCUGCAGCUAAAUGUUCGUCAAGGGGGAGAGAGAGCAUUUAUCGAUCUGUUAAUGACGGAAAUGGGAGGGAGAAAGAGGGCUCUUCUAGAGGGUGACCUCAGGGCAUCCUCUGUGCAGACUGGAUGAGAUUCAUGAAGGUAUUGCAGACCGACUUAAGCAGGAUGUGAAAGACAAGGACAAACAACAAAUUAUUUUUCAGGACCUUUCCCUAAGGCUGCACCAGACCUGCUCAUGUUUCAAAAAAGAUGAAUGCCACUGGGACGAGGCUAAGCCAGGACUGUUUGUAAAUGUGUCAAUCACGGCUGCAGAUACAGGUGAGAUUACAAAUGAUGCAGAUACCUUCUUUCACAUCAAAAUGAAUCUGUUUCAAAAGAAAUUCAGGUGUGAAAGAGAGUGUAUAUCUGUAAGUCAAAUCUCUUCACUGUUUUUAGCUUGUUAGCAAGUUUGUUAUCAGCUGAUCUAUUUCCAGAGUUCUUCUCCACUCCAAAGCAAAUCAAUCAUGUAAUCUAAUUUGGUUCAAAGAAUAAAUUUGUGUUCAAAUUUAUGUUGUUUUUUUUCCCCAGGAGCUCGUUGGUGGUGCCGUAGGGACUACUAACUUAAGCUAAGCUAAUUUCUCUGUAAAAAUCUCGAUGUUCCAUGAGUAAACCCCUGUAAAUCACCAAGUUUGAAACAAAGACGGGGUUACUUUAAAGUUUUAGUGUUCCCUCAUUUGUCUGACAGCUAGUCGGUGUCCCACCAGUAUAUGUGACACUCAAAGGCUGAUUUUAGAGUUUGAUGAGGGGCUGAAAUGGAAAAGGAGACGACGCAGUCUGAUUUUUGUGCUGAGCAGCUUAUUUCUAUUUUGACUGAAACAGUUUCGAGGCUUAUAAAGCUGUGGUAUGGGUCCACACAGUUUUGGACCUUGGCUAUCAUACUUCUUAAAGGGAUAUUCUGGCGUACAUUUAAGUUAGGGUCAAACACACUGUAACACUGAGUUAGACACCCUCUUGAGAGAUGAAUGUUGCCGACUGCUUGCUUCUCUAGUUAUACCAGCCGUGUGACAGCAAUACACAGCGGUCUAUGGCUCAACCUCAACCAAAAAGCCACUCUAUAGCCACAAAUAAUGCUCAGAACAGCACCUAACUUCAUUAACAGUAAAUAUAGGGUCCCAGCCAUAGCACUAGCCACCAAACAUCUUUUUUAGCUUUGCCUAAUUUCUUUAGCAAAGAGAACAAACACAACUCAUUCACUCUCUUCCAGCAGCCGCUUGUUUGUGGGGGAAGCCCGGACAAGUCAAUCACCGAGUGCAGCGAAUCAUUUCCUUUGAGUAAUAAUCAUCAUAUUAAUCAUUUUGCACUGCAGACGCGGUAGUUCUUCUGCCUUCUGCACAAUUUCAGGGCUUCACAGCCAUGAAGUUCCCAACAUAGAACCUACAGUAGAAGAUGUUUUGAACAUACUAAAGCAGCAUUUGAGAUUUAGACAACUGUGGUCGCCAGCAAAAAGCACACAUCGUGAGAUUGAUGUCUACUUCCUUCCCAUUCACUUGCUGUCAGGAUUUAACAGCUAACCAUCAGCUCGACAGAUUUCGUACAGACUUUGGACCAAGACUUUGCGCUGACAGUCAACGAAAGUCUUCAACAGUCAGGUUAAGUCGAUUUGGUCAUUUAAGUACAUACAGUACACACAUUUCCAGAAGUGCAGUGCAUUUGUGAAAGGGGCUUUUGAAUGUUUGUUUAACUGUUAACGCUUGCCCUUGUCAUUUACAGUAAUAAGUGAAACACAGGCAUGUGAGGUAUGUAAUCGGUCUUAGCGUCAAAGGUAAUCCUCAACCCACAGCAGAGUGUCAAGAGAAAGAGUCGAGACCAGAAGAGUCCAGUUCCAACUGUGACAACUCCUGGUAGAGUACAGAUCAAUAAUGUAUUAUUACAUAUUAAUACUAAAUCUAGUAUUCACUUAAAUUUAGUAUACACUUCAAUCUAGGUGUGGGAGAAGUAAUCGAUACAGCAUAGUAUCACAAUGUUUUGUCUGGUGAUAUAUUGUAUCGUCUCAUUUAUCAAAUCAUCGAUUUUUUUAAAUUAAUUGCUAAUAUAAAGUUAAAUCUAUGAUAAUGGAAAAAUACAAUCAGCUGUUUGUCCAUUGAGGUUGGCAGAGGUGAUGUCAUAGAGCAGAAGAAAGUUAGUACAACAAAUAUAUAAGGUUUGCAAGAUGUGCCACAUGAAAAUGAAAUACAGCGUAAAUGAGACAAACUUAAAGGAAAGAAAAAUGCUAAAUUAGCGAAACAGUUGAAAAAAUUGUAUAAAUUGCAUAGUAUUGUAUCACAAUACUCACUGUAUCGCAAAAUGUUAAAAAUCGCAAUAAUAUCGUAUCGUGAUAAUAUUGUAUUGUGGGGCCACUCUUGAUUCCCACCCCUACUUCAAACCCUGUAAACCUGGACUGUUUAGGUAUGGUGUUGAUUUUGAAAGACCUAGAUAUGGCUACAAAAGACGUGCUCUAUUGAGAAGACGUGCUAUAAGAAUUAAAGGUGACACCACUUCCCUUUUAGAAAUAAGUCAGUCAAGAGUUCAUCGCUGAAUCGUUUUGACUGUUGAUUUUUUUUUGUCUCUUGUGCAUAUCUUAACAAGAUUUUAGUUUUCAUAAAGCUCUGCUGUGUGAUUUCCAAGGAGGACAAGUAAGACGUCAGUGACGGGCCGCGUAAUGAUGUUGUCAUAUAUGACCUGAAGUAAUUACAGGCUCACAGUAAAAGGAAACCCAAGAGACGCUUACACUCUUCAUUGUGUCUGUCCUUGUGGGCCUAAACCCAUUGUACUUUUUUAAUUCAUUGGAUUACCACAGCUGGCAGCCACGGGGGAUACUUAUGAGGAUAAUAUGAGGAUGAUGAAAAGAGGAAAAGUUCACUUGACUUCUGAGCGGACAGGCAGGCAGGCAUGUGCUGGCUAGCAACACAUAGACAUGUACAAGAUGUCUCCAAGCUGUCAGUGUCAGCCUCCAGCCUGGAUGCAGCUCAGAGGACAGCUGCUGUCCUCGUGUCACUGAGUGACUGUUGGAGCUGAGCAGUUUCUAUUCCCUGUGUCAGAGCCCCGUCAUGACAGUAUAACACUUCAGCUCGGUCAUGAUGCUUUGUUUAUUGACACGCAAUUUCUGAGCACAGGAGCUGUUUACAUGAUGCCAGUUUAAAAAAAAGAACAGCAUAGGCCAGAUUAAAUGUGUGUCAGCACAUCAGUCAUUUGACAGGAAGGGUAAAUAUUUUUCCUGGAGUUGUGCAAUAAAUCACACAUAGGAAUUUAGUGAAAAUGCUUUAAAAAUUAAAUCACAGUGAGGCUAAAUCCAUCUGCCCAAGUGUUUCUCAUUUGUAUCUCGGCGUUAAAAACUCAAAUCUAAGCAGAAAUGAUCGAGCGCACUCUCAGUACAGAUGUGACACACAUGUCAAAUGUUGAACCCACCUGAAGCUUUAGUCUGCUGCUAAUUAAAUAUGAAAAUUAUACAUCUCCUUCCUUAUGUUUUUUCAUUUCUCUGAAAGCUUAAAGGAACAAAAAUAAAUAGCAGUUUGUGUUUGUUAAAGGGAUACUUCAGGGCUUUUUUAAAGUGAGGUUGUACCGUAUGUUUGACACAAUCACUAGCAAAAGUGUUCUAGCCACAACUGAUGCUGGUCAGCCUUGUCCCUUUUAUAGGAAACCACCAGCAGGGACAGAACACUGAUUAUGCUCCUGUUUUUAGCCAACUUUGUCACAUGUUUCAGCUAUUUUUCUUCCCUUUUCUUUGGAAAGUUUAUUUUCUGGCAUUUUGUUUUUAUUUGGAAAGUUUAGGAGACAGGGGGAUAAAGGGAGUAUCAUACAAACUGUUUGCUUAAGGCAUAACCUCCAUAUAUGGGAGGUAUACAAAUAACCACUACAAAAUAAGAUGUUUUUAAUGGUAAGAGCAAAACGGCUGAAGAUGUUGACUUUAAUAAGGAUUUGGGAGGAGCUGCAUUGAGAAAAGAAACUGGCAACCUUCCUAAAUGACAGUGAUUGGUACAGACAUCUGUCAAUCAAAAUUUCCAAAAUCAGUUUUUCUGUUCGUCUUUUUUGGUUUGCCGCCAAAAGAAAAACAGCAUGGUCACGAAAUUGAUGUGAUUUUAGAGAUAUUCACUGUAUUUUAGAGAAAAUUGUAGGUAUUCAGAAAGCAGGUAGAGGUGAUAGCCAAUCAAGCCUGAUUUUUCAGCUUCCAGCUGUCACGUAGGUCGCUGUUAGGUCAGCCCUCACUUCCAUGAGAAAUCAACCAUGAUUGCUAAUAUUAAGAUAUGUGACUGAGGGUGCGUGUGUGCGUUUCGAAAGUGAAAGAGCAGGCUAUGCAUUUAACAUGAGGCAGCUUGAAACUGGACAGAGCAGCCAUGAAUGUUUCAUAAGAUCCACACAGUUUAUUAGCCAUUGUGUGUGUGUGUGUGAGUUCAUUGUGUGAGGAGGUUAGAGAGCAGUAGGGUGUGGUGGUAAGUGCAGCUUCACAAAUACGAUGAUAAGGUCACGUUACAUUAUAUUGUUUGAUCUGAUUCAACAUUGUUCCAACAUCCACGUUUCUGUCUGUUGUGGUGCAGUCUGCAGCCUAAUGACAAAUGUCAUGCUGUGGUCUGUGCGUGCGUGUGUGUGUGUGUGACUGCAACACAAAUGUUGUGUCCUCUCACAAUUCUUUGUCAAGACUUCAAUCUGCAGGACUGUAAAAGAGAAUCUGUGAAGAAUUCCAGCUUCAAACUAUUGAAAACUGUGAACUAUAAAAGCAAAUACCAAGGAAUUGUUGUAUUUCUUCGUGCAGCAGUUAGGAUUAUUUUAAAUGUAUCCUCUUUAAGUGUUCAUGUAGUUUCAUUUGAUUUAGAUAGAAAAGCCCCUUAAUGUCGCGGAAAAACACAAAGUUAUCACAAAAAGCUGUGGAAUAAAGCUGUUGGGAGCGACAAUAUUGCAAUGGCACAUCUGAAGACCAUUCAACCGUCUGAUUAUAUUUGGCGAAGAAGCUGCAGUGAAUGUAAACAUGUUUUAAACGCAUAGCUCCAGCCAUGCUUCAUCCAACAGCUGAGCAGCUGGUUGAGUGAGGGAGCAGGUGGUCCUAGAGAAAGGGAAUCACACCUUCAGGGCACGCGGAUGGUGUGAAGGGAGUGCUGACAGACUGCACUACAAAUGUGGGUUUGGUAUGUGCACACGAACAUGCCUGUAUUUGUCUCACACUUCCUGUUUGUACUACAAUAGAAAUCUCAGCAAUGCUAUAACGGAGGCAGGUAAUGACAUGAAUUCUUUAUAACAGAAAGGAACUCAGGAUUUUUCAGGAAAUGUUGCAACAUCUUGUUAAUCUGUCCUUGUCAGUGUCUGCAGUAUGGUGAAAGUGCUGACUAGCUAUUCAGAUACACCCUGCUCAAGGCAAAUACAGUAGCACUAACACAUUCCAUUAAUAGUUGAGUAGCACUGAGCUAGUUCGAACUAUCUCAGACUCUGUGAUAGUUAGCCAAUCAUUGAAUCCCAAUGAACUCAGAUUCAACCGACAGAUAUUUAUAUUUUUUUCUUUUCUCCUCAUUGCUGGAACCAGAUGCAAAUGUGUGGCCCUGAUCUUCGUAACAAUAGUCAUCUGAUCACAUAGGGCUGAGCGAUAUGGCCUCAAAUCCAUAUCUUGAUUUUUUGAGCAGUUCACCUCGAUAACGAUAAAUUGAUGAUAACUACUCCACAAACUGUUGCUACAGACUGGAUGGGGUGGAGUCACGUCUCAGACGUAGGACAGCAUCUUAGAGGGACAUGGGACCAUAGCCUACCUACACACAUCUAAAACCACUGUUUAUUUAUUUAUACUGAAUAUACCAAUAUGGGCAAAUUGGCGCUGUUUAUUGUCGUAAAUUUCAGUAUCAGUUAAUUUUCGGUUUAUCGCCCAGCCCUAUGGUUACAGUCAUUGAUUUAUCUAACCAUCUGUAUUGAUGUGUGUCAACAACAAGGAGACUGACUGAUCAAUAUUAAAGUGUAUACCGACAACACUUGUAAAUUUUCACCCCUCUCAUCAUGCCCUCAGAAAUCCUGUGUAGAGCAAGUCACACAAUCCAAGAAUGUUUGAACAAAGGUUUGGAAACUAACCAGCAAAUAUUCCCACCCAUGAUGCCACAUGAAAACGGUGAUGAAGAGAAACUCUUUUAAAGUGGACUGUCAAUUGUUUUGUCAAAGUAGUCAAAUUUAAUCUUUAGGAUUAUGUGCUGGCUGCAGCUGGCUCAAGAUCUCAGUUUGGAUUCAAGGAGGAAUUUCAAGAAUUCUUGAGGAAAUUCUUCUCUUUGUUGGCUGCUAACAACCAGGAAUCUUCUGUGUUUUGUUGAUGGGACAUGCUGACGUGGGGGCAGGGAGUGGCGGUCAGUGGGGUGUCAUUUAAAACCUUUUGCUUCUUAAGACAUCUCUUCUCUACAGAACUGAAUCACAUUCAUUUUCCAGUUCCUGGAUGCAGGAUGAGUUCUCUGUUCCCACUGUGAUCAAACCCUAGAGCAUCAGGCCUGCUGGCCUCUCUGGGGGUUCGGAUUUAGCCAAUAGUGAGCAGAUAAAGUGAAACAAAGGGCUGAGCGAAAGGAGAGGUCUAGGACCCACUGGUGUUCAGCCAAGAGGGAAUAAUGACACCAGUGGUGUGUGGAUGAGCUGUAGUCCAAACUGUGGAUCCAUGAAGAGGGAAAUCCAACAAUUAAGCUUUACUUUUAAGUGAGUCUCAUUUAUAGGAAGGAGAAGAGUAAAUUCUGAGAUUGUAGUUUCAAAUUUGUGAGGAAUAAAAUCAGAGUCAUAAAUUAGCAUGAAAAGGUAGCAAACUUGAGAGGAUAGUAUUUAUAGAAACCACCUCUUUUGGAACAGCCUAAUUCUGCUAGACUCACACCAAGUGAGGAGGUGUACUAGUGCCUGAGUGCACCGACGCUGGGACUUUUCUCAAAGUGAGGAAAUAGAAUAUUUGAAUUAAACAAAUCAGGGUGAAUUUUUAUACUUUUUUGAAUGCUUCAAAUCCGACUAUCAUUGAAGUUCAUGUCGGACUAUUGAAACAAACAUUUUGGAGUCCUUUAUGGGGUGGAGCAAGAAAAUAUUAUUUUCUAUUCCCCAUUGGCUGGUUUUGGAGAAAAUGUUUUCCAUUGGCUACAGUCUGUACUUCACACUCCACACUUUCUCAUGUAUGCAUCAGAACUCAACAAAGAAGGUGAGGGGUUGUGGCUCAUUGCAUGUCCUAAACAACAUUAUUUGAGGAGGUUCAGAAUGAGAGGCUUAUUUUGAACAGUCAGAUGAACAAAUCUUAAGGUAGUCCUAACAUGCACUGUCCUAGUAACAAUAUCAGAACCAGACUCAUUAUCAACUGUUUUGGCCAAGUAUGUGUACGCAUACAAGGAAUUUGACUCUGGUAAGCUUUGCUCUCUAUCUACAAAUAUUCAACAUGAAAUGUAACGAAAAUGGUUCAACAAAUGACAGAGGUUGUCAACAAACAAGUUUUGACAAAAGCAACUCAAUAUGCUAAAAAGAUCUCAAACCCUGUAUGCAGUCUGGUGGACAAAAGAAUACAUUCUCUAAUUCAUCCAGAGGUUGUAGUCAGUGACCCAUCAGCUGGUGUUCCUUUCUAAAAAACAUUCAUAUUACCUACCUGCAUAACAAUCAGUGUUGAAUUGAAAGCCAGUAUCUUAAGUUUGAGGGACAGGUUUGGCAGCCCCCAAACAUUCCUCAGGAACAAAUCUGCCUGAAAGAAAAUACAUAAUCCCCCCCUAUAUUCUCUCAAAUGCAAAUUGCACAUACGGCAGCAGUUGCCUGUGGCCAGAGAAUGUCCGUCCUCCAUUGUCUUUCAUUCCUGCCUUUUUCUCCAUUAUCCUGCUGGCUGCUUCAUUCAUCUGCAAACACCAGUUGCCUUCCCACCCAGCCCCCUCCAUCGCGGUUCUUGCCCUCUCCCACCUUGUGUCUCCCGCAACCUCCCCCCUGUUCAAUCAUCUGACCCCCUCAGUCCCUCUGCUCCGUCUUUUUCUUCACCACUCCUCACAUUGCUGCCUCUCCAUCCCUGUAGCCUGUGUCCCCCAGUAUGAUUCACUGCAGGCCUAUUAACCACACUUAUGGUGGAUGUGAAGCUUUUUGUGUGAGUGAGUGUGCGUGUGUGUAUGUAUGAGUGUGUGUGUAUCCGCUGCAGCAAAAUCUCAUCUACUCUCUGUCACCAUAUGCCAGUUGAUGCUCGUAAGAUGCUGUAAUUGUCUGACUGCACCCCAGAGGAUGAUGGUCUGUGGUUUUUCUUUGGGACCAGAGGGCAGAGCAGACAUUUAUGACAUAUCCAGAGAGGGGGUGGCCUGGUAUAAAUUUAGGGGGUAGAAUGAAUGCAUUGACAGUCAUCUGCAGGUCCAGCCCUCUGAUAGCAGCUCUGACACGGAAAAGUAGAGAGGAGAAGAAAGAGGAGGAGUGACACUGAUUCAUAAACUCAGCCUGAAAUAAACCCUCUAUAGACUCACUUACACAUAAUAAACAGUCAGUGUUUCAGUGAUGUUCAAUCUGCAUUAAAAGCUCAGUGAUGGUACCUUAUGAUUAAAUGAAAACUCACCGUCCUCUCUUCAAUAUAAUUUUCACUUUAAUAUGAUGUGCGUGUAGACACUUAAAGUAAACAUACUCACUAGCUUAGAGGGGUUUGUAUACCCACAAAGUAAUGAGGACCAAGACCAUAAGCUGUCUCAGAAUUCAUCACACUUGAGUAUGAGCUUAAGUAUCUGUGAUGGUGGAAACGUCACAUGCAUGUUUGAAAGUCAUGUGACUGACAUACAGAGAGCCUGUUUGCACAGCAGCCAGUUUUCUGUGGUGAGGGGCUGCAUUAAAGUGACAUCAGAUUGAUGGGUAUUGCAGACUAUCCCUGGACAACAAGGAAGUGGUGAGAGCGUGACAUGUUUCGGUCACAUGACUGACAUCAGGCCACGAAGAGGCUAUUGCACAUGUGCAAUUUUCAAACAACAUAUUGUUCAGCACUGAUGUCUAUUUAGAGAUCUGCACAUUUUAUUUUUAAGUAGUAAAAAUAUUUGACAAACUUUUAACUUUACAGUAUUUUUUUAUAGUGUUAAAUCUAAUCAUCAGUAUUAUUUAGAUAAAACCAAACCCAGUGCGAAUUUAGUAUUUGUCUUUGACUUGUCCUUUAUGUUUGUCUUGGUAAAUGAGACGAUACGAUAUAUCACCAGACAAAAUAUUGCGAUACUGUAAUCUAUCGAUUUUUUCUCCCACCCCUAUCUCACAUACAGUUGUACUUUGAGAUAACACUAACACAAUGCUAAAGAAAAUAAUAAAUAUAAUUUGUCAUUUUCCACCUAUACCAACUGCAUUCAGUAAAUGCAGCUGUAAUAGCUUCAGAAAUGUUUUUAACAGCAGGGAGACUGCCCAGAUUUGUUUAAAAAAUGAACAUAAUAAAUACAAUCCUUGAUCCUUUUAAGAUUUGUCAAAUAUUAGGAGUCGUCUCAGCUCCAUUGAUAACUCCUGAAGCAAUUCUGCAAGUUAAAGUGAGCGUGAGAACACUUGUAGUAGUAAUUUUAGUCUUUUUGAUGUUGCAGACAGAACGGAAGGUCAUUCUGGGGGAAGCUGUAAGGACUCAGAUGACUGUAGUGCUCAGCAGACAGUGGAGCUGAUGUAGGUCAAUAGUAAUAGAUGCCCCCGGCUAAAAUCUCUAGAUGGUAUUUGCUACGCUGGAUUGUGUCAUCUACUCGACAGCAGAUCCUAUCAGGUUGAUCUCUGCAGCCUUUCUGCUGCCAAGACUAAAAUACCUUAAACUGUCCCACAGAGGCACGACAGCAGGCAGCUGGAAAGCACUGAAGGCUCCUGGUGGGUGAUAAGCUGAAGUGCGGACAGGCAGGCAGAACAGGGCAGCUCUACUGCAGAGCGUGAAAAAGCAGAGUUGAUUAAGAUGAAAGUGUUUUUUACCUGUCCUCCGGUGACUGUUGAUCAGCUGUUUUCUCUAACUUGAGAUUCUAACCCAGCCACAGAGCUGAUGUUAUUUUACUUAAACUGACAGAAUCAGCAGAGGCAAAGCAAAGGUUCCUGUAAUAGUUAGUUUGGAGUGAAAUAGAGGCCCGUUUUGUGACAAAGAGGACUGCUGGGUAAUGAGACUUUGGUAACAGGGACUUGACUACAACACACAUAGACAUGAGAUGAUCAAACCUCUGAUCUGGAUUUAAGGAGGAAAGAGAACAAAAUGCUCCUAAAAUGUUAAACCUUUUCCUCUAAGAUACCUGCUAAUCUGAUCGUACUGAAUUAAAACCUUCCCUUUCCUUUCCUUUUGAUCUCCUGUGGAUGUGUUAAUACCAUUCAUCACACAACGAAUCUGCUAAGAGUACGUACAACCUGCUAGGAGUAAGAGUGGGAAGUGCUGCAGUGGCUGAUCCUUUGUUUUCACAUACAGCCUGCUGUUAGAAGCCUUUUUUAUUCACACACAUUUAAGUGUGACAGGGGUGGUGGUGAGAGAGGCAUCUCUUUAGGUCAGAGGACAUGGAGGCCCACUGUUGGCCCUCUAAAGAAAGAAAAGGGCUCUCUAGCCCUCCUCUCCUCCCUCAUCCCAGCCAGCCCCCUCCUCCUCUACUCAGAAGGGCACUGGGGUCAGAGGUGGUCAAUUGCUACAGCCACAGAUUAAAAACUGUGUGUGUGCGUGAGUGUGUAGAUAAAUAAGAGAGAAACAGAGAGGAACAAACUUGACGCUGAGCUUUGUGAAUGAGGAGGAUGAAAGAAACAGGAUAGAUGAGGAAGAACAAAGCGAGACAGAUACAGGGAGGGGAUAUCUGAUAGGGCAGCAGAUGCUCGGUCAGCCGUCUGCCUUGUAAAGCAUUGAUUGUGGCUGGGAGCGUUGUAAAGGCCGGCAGUCGGACUGUGUAGGUAGAACUGGAGCCACAUGUUUGUGCCACACCUCUAAACUCAUCACAGUGCUUCUCCUGUAUGACUGUCAAAGUGUUUGCUGUGUGUAUCCCCAGGAGAGCUGCUGACUUUUACUUUGCUGUGUGGAUACAGUUCAACACACUGCUUCACUUGCUAUGAGCACUGUCAUUGUAUACAGAUAUGGCUUUAUUUAGGAUAUGAGAGAUAAAGAAGUUAAGGUACAGUUUGCUUGCUCAUAAAAGGUGUCCAUGAGAGAUGGAGAGAGAUUUGCAGGAUACAAAAGUGAUUUCAAAUAUUCCAACAAAUCCAAGCAAUAAGUUGACCCAUUUAAGGGAUAUUCCGGCGUUCAUUUAAGUUAGGGUCAAAAACACCGUAACACCGAGUUAGACACCCCCUUGAGAGAUGAAUGUUGUCAACUGCUUGCUUCUUUAGCUAUACCAACUUCAGUAACAACCGCACGAUAGCAAUACACAGCAGUCUAUGUCUCCACGCGCAAACCUCAACCAAAAAGCCACUAUAAUGCUCAGAACAGCACCUAACUUCAUCAAUAGUACUUUGCCUCAUUUAGCUUUGGUCUCACAAAGAGACCAAACACAACUUCCCGUCUCUCUUCCAGCAGCUGCUUGUUGGUGGGGGAACCCUGACAAGUCGACUACUGAGUGCAGCGAAUCAUUUCCUUGAAGUAAUAAUCAUCAUAAUAAUCAUUUUGCACUGCAGAUGCGGUAGUUCUUCUGCCUUAGCAUCUCGGUCUGAUUGCAUUUCAAUGAAGAAAUGAUCAUAAAUGUUCCUUCUUGAGCUGCGAAACUCCACUGCAAUCAGUGAAUUUACAACGGGAUAUCCCUUUAAAAGAAGCAAUCAUUAAAUGGAGAGUUAGAUAAAAAGGGGUUAUUUCUCUUGUGCUGCAAAAUCAGCUCAGGCAGAUGUGACCUUUAGGGCUUAACAUACUUCAUCUCAGUCUGUGUUUAUUAAUGUAAACUCUAACACUAUUUUUUUUCUUUUUCUAAAUGAGUAGAAGUAAUGCACACUUUACUUAACAAAUAUAGGAAUGUACUGUAAUUAAUGAACAGGAUAUUUCUUUAAUCAGUGCUAAUUACUGAAUCAAUAUUGAAGGAUAUUGAUUGAUAUCAAAUGUUAUCCUGACCCAAAGAAUCAAAAUGAAAUUGAACUUAGAGAUUUGUGCCAAUAAACAUACGCUCACUCAGUGUCUCGUAUAUUUACAGUGCACAGCCUCUGAAUAAACAAAGCACUUCAAGGCCGGAUUAAAAACUUUUAAAAAACUCCACAGACCAGCUAAAAGGUUAACUUUCAAUCACAUUCAUCCUCGUGAAGAUCUGUCGCAUAGUUGCAGAGAUGUUCGGACACACUGUAAUCAAAAGCUUUAUGUGCAGCUGGUGUUGUUGUCAAAGAAACCCUGCCUGCCUCCCAGUAUGUCAAUCAGAAAGUCUCCCACACUGGCUGAAUUCACAUUGUGCAGCAUACAUAACACCAUUUGAUUGAUCGCUCUUACAAAAUUUAAUUACUGUUGUUUAAAAAGUUGAAAAAUGUUUGAAAAAGUUGCAGCACAGCUUUGUGCAUCAUUAUGAGUAGACAGUACACUGACAGAGCUAACAUAUACACCGGGAUGGGAAAGGAUAUCAAACGUUCAAGCGGCGGGCAGGUCCUCAGGGUCAUCAAUCUCCCUGGUCCCAUCCAUAAGCGUUUUUUCUUUCCUCUUCUUCACUGUCUGAGUGUCCCACCUCUUACAGCACACACACACUUUCACAGAUUACACUAUUUAAUCUUGAUUAGAAUCGCACAGUCUUAGCCGGCUGAAUGCUGCUUAGCAGAGCAGAAAAGAGAAAUGAAGGGAAGGAGGACAAGGGCGAAAAAGGCAAACCUCGGUUGUACAAUAGAAACACUGGGAUCACGAGUGGAACAAAAGGAGCUUAUAAAGAGAUCAAUACAAACUAUUAGUAGAUCUAGGACAUGCUCUGUUGUUUUCAUGCUGUACAUGUCUUACGGAAUUGCUGGACAUUGUGUUAAAACCUGAAGUUGUCGAGUUAAUACAUGAAAGAUUUGCCGUUUUUGGGAUUGUUUAAUUGCAGAAGAUUUUGUUCGUUUACACUGUAAAUGUAACUAUCAAUAGGAAUAUUGAUGUGGUCUUUGUAUAGGGCCUCCAAAAACCCCUUUAAAUGUUGCUUAAAUCAAACUUGACAGUUCAUUCUUGGAUUGUGUUUUAACUCCCUCUUCAAAAUGAGUCUAAAUUGUUUGCUUGAGUUAUUUCCUCCUUUAAUGGAUUGCAUAAGGGGAAUCGUGAUUUGUUCACAAUGAUAUUUAUAUCUCCAAUUAGAUCUCUGGAAAUAUGUAGAUGAUAUUUGUGAGGCAUUCUCCAACAAACAAGCCAACAGACUGCUCGGAGGAAGACAGGAAUAUGAGUCAAAUAAUCAUUUUGAUUAGCCGUGUUAACGGCUCAGUCCCGGAUUGUAAUUCCCUUCAUGAUACUGCUGAAGAAACCAUUUGAGCUGAAAACUUGUCAGAUGUUUCCUCAGUGCAUCCUGGCUGCAGGCACACAUGAAUUUGAAGUGUUUUGUUGUAAAGGCUGUAACAACUUUGCUGUCUUUGUACGUCUGCUUCAUGAGUGUGGAAGAGUACUGUGUAUUUUAGUGUUAUCUCUCUUUGCAUCGCAUGAGAUGAGGAAGUGGAGCCUCCAGCAGACUCCACAGAUAAUUAGAUAGAGUUAAGGAAAUCUCGUCAGGGAAAGAUCUACUGUAAGGCUUGUACGGGGUUUGAAACUAUUACUGGCACAGGGAUAGAGUAAGCCGAAGUGUGUGAGACUGUAUUGAUCAGUGACAGCUCUGUCUCAGUUGAAACCUUGUGAAAUUUCUCCUUGGUUGGUGAAUCUAUACGGAAGAGGAAACAAAGGCGAACAGGAGCGUUUUCAUCCAUACUGUGGUCACGACGAACAGACCCAGUUGUGCAAACCUACAAAACAGUUGUGGUCGGAGUCUUACAAAAGAAUCUUUCCUCACAUCCAUGUCUUCAGGACUUAAAAGGAAAUAUACACUCGUCAUAUCCAGAGGACGUGUGUGGUGGUGUGUGCAUCAUCAGAGGGUGCCCCCUGAAUUUUUUUACUUUUCUUUUUUCAUUCUGCAGACUUCAGUGGUUUCGCAGUCAAAUAUAAAAAUAAAUUUGUCUUUAUUAGAUGCUAAAAGUAUAUAUCAAAUCUCAGUUUUCGCCAACCUGUGAAUGGGGAGAGCCAGUGAUGUAGUGGCUGUGAUGGAGGGCAGAGCAGAGAGACACACACUAGAAAAGAAAAAGUGCAACUAAAGUUGAAAACAAACUAAAGUUGGCCCUUUCCUUCAAGUUUAUGCAGAGAACUAAAAGAUAUUUGUAGCACAAGUUAUAUAAAACAAUCAGGAAAUAACUUACAGUGUGUCAGUUUUACCCACAGACUGUAUAAAGUAUGGAUGUCGUCUGCCUCCUCACUGGGAGAAGCCUCCUUAAGAACAGCACCCUCUGGUGACAGGCUCCAGCAAUCCCUACAGAGAUGUGGACAAACUUAAGAAAUUAAUUACACAGAAUAUAAAUUUUCUCCCCCUGAUCGUGAUGUUGACUUGUAGUUACUGUAAGACUGGUUUGUGCUCGUCCUCUUUUUUUCUGUGCAGCUCCAUUUUAAAAGUUUUUAGGGGUUCAUGUUCUCUAUGAUUGAAACUUGAGACAGCCUAUGGGUUUACAAAGAUUGCAUCGAUCAUGUUAGAGCUGAGUGUCAUCACAGCGACUUUCCCACCCCCGAAUGCAUACAAUGCUACAGCGCAAGUGGUAGUUCCAGGAAGUGGAGCAAUUUGGCUUCAAAUUCGUAUAAUGACGGAAGGUGGAGCCAAGUUGUCCAUUAUAUACGGUGUAUGGUUUUACCCCAUAGUUUUCUUAACUAAUACUCUCUCUCUUUACCUUAUCUCCAUGCCCACCAACUACCUCUCUUUCCACAUGAUUUUUACUAACUUUUACUAACUGAUUGACUGAAUACUGCUAGAUUAUCAAUUACCUGCUUAAAAUAUUAAGCUUCCUCUGACUACCUGAGUGGACUUCUUAAACUGUAACUGGUGACAUUAGUCUAUAAUAUGUGAUAUGAGAAUGGGUGCUGUUUAUAAUGGAGAACCUCUCUCUUAUCCAUCGUGUAGACUCCUCUAUCUGCCGGGGUCAUCAGUUGACAGGAAGUUCAGUUUCAUAUUUUUGCACAUGUUGACUGAUUUCCACAGCUUCCCCCCAAUGAAAAGAGCUUAAUGACAAAUUCUGUGUCUCUGAGGAGAUAUAGUGCCGCUUUAAGUGUGUGUGUGUGUGUGCGCAGCUCACCUCACCUCACCAAUCCUUUGUUCUUAUCUCUUUUCCACACUGCAAGGAAUAUUAAUAUCAUGUAAUACACAUGUAUGAACAGGCGUUAUAGGAAAAUGUGUGCGUGUGCUACCUCCUUCGAGGGCCUCGUGUUUCCUAUCUCCUACUCCUAAACAAGGUAGGAGUGUUCCCCUGCUGGUUACUCUUUUUCAUUUGCAUAAUAAAUGGAUAUUCAUUUAUUCCUUUGCGGCAGUGCUGUUCUUUGUCUGGAAUCUAAAUUAGAGGUGAAGGUUGUCGGUACGAGUGUGGAAUAGGGAGUUGAGUGUUGUCAGACAAGAGCUGCAGCAUGACAGGCUGUGUGUGCUGUUUCAAGAGACGGAGAGGAAAUAUGUGAUUUCAAAUAAAAGGGUUCACAUUGACAUACAAGGCUGUUAAUACUGACUGCGUAUGAACUAAUGGGCAUCACAAGUCACAGGGCUGCCCUUGUGCCAAAGGGGACGGGAUGCCGUCGGUAUGAUUUGAAUAUUUUGGUAUGAUUUUCAGUCCUUAUAUUUGAAUCAAUGGCAACAUAAGGUUUAUGUUAUUAUUUGUUAUAUUUCAUACAUAUUUUCCACUUUACACAUACUUUUUAUUUCAUGCAGUAUGACUGUAUUGUGUUGUCUACCUUUGUCAAAUCUCUCUUCUAAAGUUUCAUGGAAUGAUUAAAGAAUGAACCAUCACUGAAACAUCAAUGACAUGGAAAACAGCAGCGGUAUCUUCUCGCCUGGAGCAUCAGGAAAAGCCUCUCAGAUGGCAGGAACUCAGACUGAUCAUACUUCAGGCUUUGUGGUGCUCUAAUCCACAAGCUGGCUUUAAGGUUUUCGAAUGAUUUUAUUGGCUCAGCUGACUGCUCAAGCUGUAGUGAUUUCUACAUAUGUACAGCUGAGGUGAGACGUUGCAUUCUCUAGCCAAGUGGUUUGGGCAAACUCCAAAAUAUAAAGCUGUAAGUAAGGCAAAUACACAGUAAAUGUAACAUCACUCUGUUUACUCUGGCCUGGUGGAUAUUCCAAGAUAUCCAGAUGUGGAAAGAAUUACUUUAAAUGAUUCAUAGUUUAAUUUAAAAAAGUGUGUGAAUUAGAUUAUCAGCAGUUAGGGUUGGGCGAUAUGGCCUCAAAUCAAUAUCCCAAUAUAUUGAGCACUUCACCUUGAUAGCGAUAAAUGAACGAUAACUACUCCUCAAGCUGCUCACCCCCCAUCCCCCCCAUUAACUUUGUCUUUCAGCUGCCGCUACAACUUUUGAACCGUCCUCUUUCCCUCUUUCGCUCUUUGUUACAGACUGGAUGGGGUGGAGUCACAUCUCUGACGUAGGACAGCAUCUUAAAGGGACCUGAGACCAUAGCCUACCUACACACAUCCAAAACCAACUUUUAUUUAUUUAUUUAUUUAUUUUUUACACAAAAUAUAACAAUAUGGGUAUAUGGUAAAUGAUGUUGGUUAUUGUCGUAAAUUUUGGUAUCAGUAAACGUUUGGUUUAUCGCCCAGCCCUAUCAGCAAUCUCUGCAGAUUGCAUUUUAAUCUAAAUAUCACCAUUCAUUUGAACAUAUCGAGGUCUGUUUUAUUUCAUUUUCCUAUUUGCCACUGCCUCAUCUCUCUUACAAAGCCGAAGCAUAUGACAUGAAAUCUGCUCCACACAAGAAAUUAGCCUUUCUUCAAUGUCCACCAAACCAAGGCUGAAGCUGAGCUUGUAUCAUAUGAACAUACAGGAAGACUUACCUCCAGCUUUGCCUAAACCACAGAGGUCAGCAUAUUUGAGUCAAAGUUUAAUAAAGUCAUAAUAUUAUAAUUACAAAAUAUCAUGCCUCAUAUGCAAAUGAAGUGGGUAUGUUUAAAUUUAGUGAGUAAAGUGAUUUCUGCAGCAUAUUAAAAAUAUUUAAUCAAUACCAAACACAUGCAGCGCUUCAGUAAUCCAAUUUCUUCAUAACCUAGAGCAGAUUCAGGACCCAGGCUGCGAAGUCUCGUACUAAAGUGGUGACUUGCUCUUUGUAAUGACUGCAGUAUGAGAGCUGCCUUUCGUCGGUCAACAAAUGCAGCUCAUUUUGCUGUAAAAUGUUUGUCCCAUAGGUAACACAGCCACUAACCUUUAUAUUUGAAACACUGAAACUUAAAUGUAGAUUAUUAUCAGUGUUUUUGAGGCGGCUGUGGUUCAGUGGUAGAGAGGCUCGUCUCUCAACCAAUGGGUUAGGGGGGUUUGAUCACGGGGCUGUCCAGAUGCUGAGGUGUCCUUGGGCUAGACAUAUGACCCCACCCGCCCCCGCUGGCUUUAUGCCCCCAGGUGGUGUGUGAAUUGGAUUCAUCAAAACUGCUUUUGCUUUACCCAGCAGCCUUUGCUAUCAGUGUGUGAAUAUGGUGUGAAUGUCAUGUGAUGUAAAAGCACUUCGAGUGGUCAGAAGACUAGAGAAAGUGUUACAAACUAGUGUGUGUGUGUGUGUGUGUGUGUGUGUGUGUGUGUGUGUGUGUGUGUAAGGAAAGACAGUGGGAAAUGGGUUCACUGCAGAUGUAGUCAUACCACCAGCUGGAGUGUCCUGCCAAACUAUUUUAUAUUCUCACUAUCAAAGGCUGCUUUGCGCAAACCCCUGCUGAGCUGCAGUGAACAGGUGUGUACGUGUGUGUGUGUGUGUGUGUGUGUGUUUGUGCUUGAGGCUAACCUAUACCACUAGCUGUGAUGAUGGAGACAGUGGAUUUAGGGAUGAAGGAGCAGGAGAAGAGGACAGAUGGAGAGACAGUCUGUAAAAAGUUUUUUUUUAACGUGACUUCAGUGUGACUUAAGCUUUAAGUACAAAAUCACAGUUUCCUACACCCUCUUACCCAAGACCCUUUCCAAAAUAAAGGACAUGAUUCACACAACUUUCUUUUCCAUAUCUACAUGUGAAAUAGCGUUGUAUCUGCACAGUCUGCACUGACAGGAGAAAUCAGGGAAGAGAGGCGGAGAGGGGAUGUUUAUUACUGUAAUUGAUAAAUUAAUUGAAACUAAGACAGAUUCACCAGAUGUCUAAUGGACACUUACAGAGCCUGAAGUCAUGCUAGGGUGAAUGACGUGCAGAAAUUGAAGGCAGUUGGAUGAGUUUGAAGGUUGUGUUAGUUUGUGUAAGUCAGUGGAGUCAGACUGUCUAAAGUCAGUGUGGAGGUUUUUUCAAAAGCAGGAAAAGAUGCAGCAGCUCGCAGACUUCUUUGCCUGAGGAGACAGAGUGGAGACUAUCAUGAGACUGGAGAACAUCAUACAGAGUAUAAGAGUGAAGAAGUUUCACUCUAUUAUGAUCAUGUAGUAAUGCAGUAUAUACUGUCAGGAUCAAAUCUUAUCAAACUUUACAAUGAUUGCUUUGCCUUAAAAAACAGUAUAGGGUUUAUUAUGUUGGCUGAUUAAAGAGCUGAGCUUCAACUGCCUAAAACUGAGGGGCCAUUAAACUGAACCCAAGGUUCUGAGCUGGUCUAGACCACACUCUUCAUAUUUACAAAGACAGAGUGUCAAGAUGGGAUGAAAAACUUAAUUCUAACAGGCAGAAACCUUGAGCAGAACCAGACUCAUGUUGGACAAUCAUCUGCUGAGAUUGUAUUGGAUUUGGAGAGGGGAUAGAGAAAGAUGCAGAAAGAGAGACAGACAAAAUUGAACAACAACAGCAGGUGAACACACAGGUUUACAGUGGUGGAGAUAAUGGGACAAGUAUGUGAACUGUUUAUAGGAAAUGCAUAGGGCUGGGCGAUAAACCGAAAAUUUACUGAUGCUGAAAUUUAUGACAAUAACUGAUGCCAAUAUGUUCAGUGUCAAAAAAUAAAUAAAAAUAAGUUGGUUUUGGAUGUGUGUAGGUGGCCUAUGGUCUCAUGUCCCUUUAAGACGCUGUCCUACGACAGAGACGUGACUCCACCCCAUCCAGUUCUGUAACAAAGAGGGAAAGACAGGUGAGGAGAUGGAGGAUGGUUCAAAAUGUGGAGAGUCUGGAGCAGGGGCUGAAGUAGAUGAAGUUAAUGUGGGAGGGGGUGAGCAGCUUGUGGAGUAGUUUUCGUCCAUUUAUCGUUAUUGAGGUGAACUGCUCAGUAUAUCGUGACAUUGAUUUGAGGCUAUAUCGCCCAGCCCUAGAACUGCACAAUAAUGAUAAAAGACUGAGCAUAGUUUGAUUUACGGCAAAUUUAACCAAAGUAUUAUCUCAUAACCAAAAAUAUUGUGAUAAAUACCACGUAUCAAAGAAAGGGUGAAUCACCCUGACCUCUCUGUCAGUCCCUUUUCGCCUCCCCACCUCCCUCUCCCCUCCUCACAUCCAUUCCUCUCUCCUUUUCCAAGACCCUCUUCCUAUUCAUACCUUAUAAAAGUGUUGUCAGACUGCUCAGUGGUUUCCCAGCAACAGUGUUUCAGCGAUUUAAGUGAGAGAAAUGCUCUGGCAGAAAAACUGCAAACUGUGCAAAGUGACCCUUUUUAAGAGGAGAAGAAUGGAGCAAUCAGCACGACCGGGGUCACCGCGUCUAUUCCCUGUUUAAGUGUUUUAUGUUUCUAUAUCACAAAGAGUGUCCCUCUUUUGUACAACUUGUACUAAUGAGGAGAGACAUUGUUCAGGGAUAAGAACAAGUAUGGAUGAAUUUAAUAUAAUAUCAAAAAUGUUUUCUCCUUUUUGAAGUACUUUGUUUCUGGGUAGACUUUGCACUUAUCUUUAAUUAACCCUUAUUUCAAUCUAUAAUUUACCUCUAUUCGACAGUACUGCCUUUAGUUGUGAUAGAUUAAGUGGUACAUGUGAGGUUUAAAAGCAUUAAGUGUAGUGGUUUCUUUUAAAAAGCCCUCCUGGGAUCUAUUUAGCUGCUCUGAAACAACUAGCUGUUUAUGUUCGGGAUUUGAAUGUCACGGGGGUCAUUGGGGGUAAAGCUGCAAACACACACAGCUCUGAGCACAGAGUCCAAGCAUUACUCAAACAAAACAGGUUGACAUGUGUACGUCCAUGCAGGGCUCUCUAUAAGAGGAACCUCAGGCCAGUGCUGAACACCACAGUACAGAUGUCCUAUCAGCAGGAGGCUCCAAGAUCACAUCAGAUCAGAGAAAGAGUGAGGUACUGUGGCAGAGAGGGACAGUCUGUGCUUACAGCCAGACCUGUACACCAUUCCAGCUCGAAAAGAGGACAUCCUUUGCAGUGCAUUUGUCCCUUUUGUGCAUUGUGUUGUUCAUAUGUCGAUGAGUAUCCAAAGCUGUGCUUUGUGAAGCACAUUUUCAACGAGAGGCAAUAGAAAAGGAGUGUGUAUUGUCAGGCUGGAGCAGCGUUUGGAGAAUGAGUUUGGUUGUUGUCGUCGUCCUGGACUGCCUCAGCUGUGUUUAUUUAUGUCUAGUGUGCGUGACAUGUGGGAGUUCAUUUUUCCAAAAAUGGUACAAGGUGCAGUUUCCCUUAGAGUUUGUCUAGUCCCUCUUUCCUCUGACAUAAAUGUCUAUAUCAAAGAGACGAGAUAUGCUGCAGUGCAGAGGGAUGCCAAAGGAAAGCUGCAAACCACACUAGAGCUCAUAUUUGUGCACAACCUGUGCAGACCGUGCUCUCAUGGUUCACUAUUUUUCAGACUGCAAAUGAAUUUUGCUCGUCUGCCUGGUGAUUUUGUGCUCAUUGGACUGAGCACAGUUAAAGGGGGGAAGUGGAGCUGCAAGCAUGUUUCUCUGAGCAAGUCAGCUGAUCAGAGUUACAUGCUAAUCCUUAAUUAUAAUAAAUAUAUUAAUUUAGAUAUAGCAGAAAUAAAUGUAUCUGAUUCUUAUGUGACUGGUAAUCAGUAAAGUGUGUUCACAUCACAAAACGAGAGCACUGGAUAUUUGUGUUCCUUCUAUGAUAAAUGUCCAAGCACCGAUGGGCCAAAUCAAACCCAAUCCAAGCUAGGGAUGGGAAUCAAUAAGAUUUGAUUGAUAUUAAUGUUAUUAUCAAUUCUUCCAGACAAUCCCUGUGGAUUUUCUGUGGGGAUAAAAACGGGAUUAUGUAGGUUUCCUGCAUUAAUGACACAAGUAUAAUUAUGACGUCAUUUUUCAUACCUUCACUGUUCAGCUUAAAUGAAGAAGCCUGACUUCUGAUUAGGUUUGUCAAAGUCAACUGAUUGUAGAUACAGCCUGUGAAGGUUGACAGAGCAUAACAAAGAUGGCAGCCUUCUAUUAGCAUAGUCAGUUAACAAAUCACACUAAUCACCAAAAUUAAAACAAACACCAUCACAGAAUACUUCUGUUUUUAAUAGACUGGAUCCAGACAAAAUUAAACUGAUUUGUCUUUGUUGGAUAGAAAAGUGUGUGGAUAUCGCCAAAAAGCUGCUGGCCUUAGGAAGUGAGUGUAUUUUUUGUGAGGUGGAGUGUUGCACCAUUCUUUUUUUACUGCAAACAAAACACUAUCUUGUUGUAUACAGUAGCCUUUGACCUCUCCUGUCGCCUGUGUCAUGAUUACUUCUUCCAGUCUAUUGGUUGAUAGCCUUUUGCGAUGCAUCACGGCAUUGUUUUUAAAGGCACAUGAAACAGGUUCUGAACUGCAAUUGAUAUCAGUUCCCAUCCCUGAUCCCGGGGUGGUCUCUGAAACUCAAAGGAUCACAUUUCAAACUUCAGUUGAUCGUUUCCUUAAAGGCUUUGUUUGUGUUUGUUUGACUUUCAAUGAUGGAGAAAGCUAUUAUGGACAUGGAUGUGAAGUGACUUGAACAAAGGUAGCCGUCUUGACAAAAACAUGAACUGUAAUUUUAAUCACAGGUUGGAGUUUCCUCUGCAUGGGCUAUGUGUUAAUCUCUGUUGUUUCAGUCCAAAUGAGUACUUGUCAGACUGUAUGUUAACAGAGCCCGUCUCUGCGUGCACUGGGAGGAGGGUGGCCAGUUAAACUGGGUCAUUUGGAACACCGGCACAUCAACUAAUAAUGGCCAAUUAAUCCCACCAUCCCUACUCUGGAUCUCUCUAUUUAACUGGCCUGUUCUGCUCCAUUUGACAAACACUUCGUCUGAUGGCUGAUGUACCAUUUCUUCCUCUAUUUUUUGCUCCCUCUCACACAGGCACACAGACGCAAGUGAGGCUGCUCGAGUGUUCAAAUCGCUCCAUAGCCUAAAGAUCACAGAUGGUUUACACGGGCAAAGAACUCUUAAGGGUGAUGGAAAGAUCUGGAAUCAUAAAGAGACUGCCAACGAGAGUGCUGAUAAAAAUAGAUGUCCUAUUGUCAGCCCAGGGCACUUCAAUUUUAAAUCUAUCAUAUGUAGGAAUUUCACAUUUUUGCAAUCUUUUUAUAAGGUAAUGAUUAAUCAGCUGAGAUCAGAGGACAUAGCAGCUUUCUUUAAAAGAAAGACAACAUGAGAAGACAGCUUUUAAAUCAAAGCUCUGAAAAGAGAAACAUUAGAAUUGCACAUAUUCAUCAAACUCUAAUCUUAAUUUCUCAUCCUACAGACAAUAAUGACAGGCUCUGUGAGUAACGAUUAACUUAUUAUGCCUUACAACAUACCCUGUAGAUUAAAAAAAAAAAAAAAAAACACCUGCAAAGAUUUCUGUCCUUGAGUGUUAGAAUUUCUCCACAAUCCUACUUGCAAUUGAAGGGCCAGAAUUGAAUCUUUAGUAUUAGUGUUUUAAAAAAAUAUUGAUAUGCAGAUGGUUAACAGCAUUUUCAUGCAGAUAUCUGUUUAUGGACAUAAGUUAAAGCUUAAUUGUUAAUGGAUGGCUGCCAGUAUGGAUGCAUGUUGAUAGAUAUGCUAGGGCCGGGCGAUAUGGCCUUAAAUCAAUAUCACAAUAUAUUGAGCAGUUGCCCUUGAUAACGAUAAAUAGAUGAUAACUACUCCACAAGCUGCUCACCCCCUCCCACAUUAACUUUGUCUACUUUAGCCGCCACUCCAGCCGCUCCAACUUUUGAACCGUCCUCCACCUCCUCACCUGCCUUUUCACUUUGCUACUGGAUGGGGUGGAGUCACGUCUCUGUCGUAGGACAGCAUCUUAAAGGGACAUGAGACCAUAGCCCACCUUCACACAUCCAAAACCAACUUUUAUUUAUUUAGUUUUUAGACACCAAACAUAUUGACAUGGGCAAAUGAUGUUGGUUAUUGUCAUAAAUUUCGGUAUUGGUAAAUUUUUCGUUUUAUCGCCCAACUCUAUAAUAUGAUAAGAAUGGGACCACAACUUCAAACUCUGACACUUUGAAAACCAAACUCUGGAUUCUUUUAUUAUUCUUUAGAUGAACCAAAAUGAUCGACUUUUUAGACAUACCAAUAUUGUGUUAUCCUCAAGUUCAGUAUGCAGUAGUUAAACACACUUAAGCAUCAAAAGUCAUCACUUGCUCUGCAUAUUAAGCUGAUUGAUAGGAGCAGGUGCAUCAUGGGUAUUAGAGAGGACUUCUCUGGCAGCGGUUGCACUUUAGUCCCUCCGCUGUCGGGACAGUGAUCGAUGUCAGGUCUCCCCCUCAUCUAGAGAAAGAGGAGAGGAUGAAGCUGUUAAGCCAUGCCGUCAGUACAGCUCAGGUCUAAGUGGAUCAUCACAUCCAGAUCCUCUUCGGCCACACCUCUGUGACACAAGCAGUUUAGCAGCUGUAUUUGCUGUGCAUUCAGUACGGAUGGAUUGUCAGUUUUCAUGAAUCUCCCUGGAACCACUUGCACAGUUUUGCAUGCAUAUAUGCCGGUCUGAGCAGCAGGGGAUAGAAGAGCAGAAGCACUUCUGUAUUUUCUCCAUUACAAAAACUAAAGCUGGAGCAGUGUUCUCCUCAACCUCACGUUAUGUCAUCUGGAAAUUUAUCAUCUAUUUAUUUGCCUUCAUUCUCAAUAGAUGAGGCUUCUUUAGAUGGCAGUGACAGUCCAGUCUAUAAAUCUGAUUAUUUUUUUCUAUUUGAUAGUUGAAAGAUUGAUGCUAUGGAUGAUUUUGAUUACAAUGGCACUGAUGACAAUGAUGUUUUUGCAGUGUUGAUGAUGAAAAGAAGACCUGCUUCAAGACGUCCUGUGCAUUGACAGUAGUGCAUCAUACGUGAGACUGUGUGGGAAAUUUCGUUGCUUGAAUUGGACUCACACUCAGAAGUCUCAGACGUCACUCUACACAAAAGCUUUUGCCAAAUGAAACUGCAAAACUCGAUCAUUGUAACAUUUCUGGACAGUCCAAAAUGAGCCCUCUACAAGAUAUCUUUAGGUCUGGAAUAAGGUUAGUAAUAGGGCUGGGUGAUAUGGCCUCAAAUCAGUAUCGCGAUAUAUUGAGCAGUUAGCCUCGAUAAUGAUAAAUAGACGAUAACUACUCCACAAGCUGCUCACUCUCUCCCAUUUAAACUUCUUCUACUUCAGUCACCGCUCCAACCGCAUCUCCUCACCUGGCCUUCCCUCUUUGUUACCGACUGGAUGGGUUGAGUCACGUCUCCCAUGCAGGACAGCGUCUUAAAGGGUCAUGAGACCAUAGCCGACCUACACACAUCCAAAACCAACUUUUACUUAUUUUUUUGACGCUGAAUAUACUGAUAUGGGCAAAAUGAUGUCGGUUAUUGUCGUAAAUUUCAGUAUCAUUAAAUUUUCGUUUUAUCGCCCAGCCCUAGUUAGCCAUGUGUUACAGGAACUCAGAGGGAGAGCAACUAUGUCACUGGUUGUGAGGCAGAUAACAGUGGCAGAAGCAAACAUUGCUGGCUAUAUUGUCUGUGGCCUCUUUGUAAGAAACUCCUCUUUUUCGUAUUGUUUGUCAUAUGAGUGUAAAAUUGUCUGCCUGACCUCAGCAGUCAGUCCACUGUUUGAGUGUGAAGUGCCUUUAAUAUUGUGGCUCUCUGCCUCACUGUACUCGUGUUGUUGUGGGUGUCCUGCAGGGCGAAAAGAGGGGUUCUGGCGAUGUGUUAAGCUUAAUGUUCCACUCUCUGCAAGGCGCCGUAGGGUGUAGCAGUUCCCAACAGCUUGAAUGUCAAAGGAAAGUUUUUCCGAGGGAAUUAUAAAAAAAAAAAAAUCACAUUUUCUCUCAUAGUUACAAACAUUUGCACAAAAACCCAGGAAUAUGGUUGUAAAGGACGAGCAAUAACCCGGAGGUGUCGUCUCUACAGCAGAGAAUGUCUUUUUCUAGACACAUGCUAAAAAAAAAGAAAUAAAAAAGACACUCCUCUGUGGGUUUAGUGAUCUGUGGUUAAUAUUCAAAUACAGUCAAUCACACAGGGUUACAGACAUGACUAUUACCACUUUAAAAAACUAUCUUAUUUGAACGUCUUUAUUAAACAGCUUCAUCUAGUGUGUAUUUCAGCACUUUUUUCCAGACAGAACUCAGGUUAUAAAGCCUGAUGACAUAAUUGAAUGUGCAAUUUUCAGAUGGCAGAGCAAAUUUUACCGCCUGAGAAUAAGAGCUGCAAGUUAAAUCAAGUGCAAAUUCAGACAAACGCAAACACAUCUUAUAUUACCAUCACAUAAAGCCCCAUAUGAACUCCAUGUUAGUGAUGGUCUGAGGCAGAUGUGUGGAAACUCUGGGGUAUAACCCUGUUAUCUGCUUAAUCGUGUAAAAAUGUCUUUUAUAAAUACAGUUCUUAUGUAGAAAAGGGGACUAGAGUGAGUAGAGAUUGUCUUGAACCGUUUCCAUUGAGCUCAAUUAGGGGUGUCCCGAUACCAUACUGAUAUUAUAGCCGUCAACAUUGGCUGAUACCGAUAUUGAUCAGAAAUUGGCACUAAAUUGUGCAUGACGAGUUCUUCACUCAGCUGCAAUGUCUUUUUCUGAUUUAAACAAAAAAUACUGCCACAAGGCCAACAUCACUCCUAGUCCUUGCGACUUUGUUUGUACUUUAGUACACACUGUUGUAAGCUGUGGGCUCAGCUUACUGGAUCAGGGCGCUGCUAGAUAGAGGUGCCAGAGCAGAGUCUGAAGAAUGGACAGCUUGUAUUGGAGUGCUGAGAUUGGAGAUUUUAGAUGCAGGCCGAUAUAAUCCAAUGUUCGUUUUUUUUUUUUUUUUUGCUGAUAUCGGAUAGAUAUCCAAUAUCAAUAUCGUAUCGGGACACCCCUAGUCUCAAUGUCAUAUUGAGGUCAAUUUACAGAGAUUGAAACAUGCUUGUCAUCAGUAAUCUGUGGCAGGGACAAGCAAUUAAUUUUACUUAAUCUUAAUUUGAUUUAAUCCUGGAAUGACCAAAACAGUUGAUAUUGAUACAUAUCACAAUAUAAAAAUAAUGUCAUAAUGAAAAUGUUCCGUUACUCUUAAAUGGAAUUUAAGCAUAUUGACCAUGUUUUACAUCGAUAUCAAGGGAAAUUAAUUUCGAUAUAUAUCGUUAUCGUUUUAUCGCCCAGCCCUAAUCUGCACUAUAGUAGCAGAUUUAUCAACAUAUGGUGCUCGAGUGAGUAUUUCUGGCAGCAGGAUGGGGUGUUCAGGAUUGGAUCAAAGAAGCUUCAGUGUGUGUGUUCACUGUAACAAAAGAGUACGUCCCCUAGUUGUCAAUACAAAUGUUUGAUCUGUUUUGGACAACAAUAGAGCUUUUGGCAUGUGGUGAAACAUUUAUGAGGCUUAACGCACGAUGCUCAGUCAGUAUUGGGGAUUUAAAGUUGGAUUUUGAGAGAUUAAAACCUGCUUCUUACCUAAGUUUGUGAAGCUUGUGGGAGAAUUUCCUAAACUCUGCCAAACUGCCGCUGAAGUCUUUUCCCGAAUCACCUCUUCCUCCACUGUUGCUUCAUCUUCCUCCAUUGAACUGACACCCAGGUAUCCACCCACUCGCUGCCUGCUCAACAGGUAUUGAUUGACCUCUUCAACACCAACUGGUCUGAAGGCUUUAAGCACGAAACAGGAUGAAGGCUGAGCAGACUGGAAAUGUUAAAAUGUAAAUAUAUGAAGUGCCUGUAUAUUUGUGCGUGCACUUUGGCAGAGAAAUGUGUCUAUGUUGUGCUGUGUAGGUGUGUGUGAGUCAUGUUAAAGCCUCCGUUACUCCUCCUGGAAUACAUGCAGCUGCAGCAGAGCCAAAGACAUAUGAGACCGUGUUUGUUUGUGCGUGCAGGACCUACAUGAGUGCGCUUCUGUUUUAUUAUUCAUCAUGUGGGGAAACUCUUCGUUAUCCCUCUACAAAUUUGGGAUGUUGCAAUACAUUAAGAACACCACUUUUAUUUUUUAUCCCCAAACAAACAUGUUUGUUCUGUUGGCCCGUUUUCCAGAAGAAGAUUUCAUCAACGAAUAUAUUAAAUAUCCUCGCAAGUAGGGCUGGGCGAUAUAGCCUCAAAUCAAUAUCAGGAUAUAUUGAGCAGUUCCCCUUGAUAAUGAUAAAUGGACAAUAACUACUCCACAAGCUGUUCACCCCCUCCAACAUUACCUAGGUCAACUUACCUUUAAACCGUCCUCCAUCUCCUCACCUGUCUUUUCCUCUUUGUUACAGACUGGAUGGGGUGGAGUCGCGUCUCUGGCAUAGGACAGCGUCUUAAAGGGACAUGAGACCAUAGCCUACCUACACACAUUCAAAACCAACUUUUAUUUAUUUUUUUAACACUCAAUAUAUUGACAUGGUAAAAUUUGGUAUCGGUAAAUUUUCAGUUUAUUGCCUAGCCCUACUCCCACAAUAAAAUUCAACUGUUCCUAAUUGGCAUGUGUCUCCUCAGCAUGUUGGGAAAUGACAUUACAAUCAACUAAAGACUUGUCCAACUGGAGCUGUGGUUGAAGCACAAGUUGGUACGUUUCUGCUCUAAAGUUUAUUCAGACCAACAUCUCCUCCCACGAUUGCAUAUCUAUGACCCUCUGUUUGCUUAUCUGCAUUUCUGCCUGUGUGUGUGUGUAAACUGUACAGUGAUGAGAAAAAAAAAAAUCAAUUUCCUCCCAGGGGGAUUAAGAAAGUCAUUCUGCCACUUCCUUCUCUAACUCAUUAUUCAUAAACUGAGCAUGUCAUCACAGAGGAAUUAUGAGAGUAAAUAUUUUUGGAAUUUGAAUGCAGUUUGUACGUGUCCAAAGGCUGAGAUAUAUGAGAUGAACUGGGCUUCAUAAAACUGAAUAUGUUAAAUUAUUCAUAAGCUGUAUGUCAUCAUAAUAAGUAGUUAAAAAGUCUGCGAUACAGAGCGGCUUGAAAUCAGAGUUGAGGGUGUGCAGUGUAAAAAGUGCUGAGUCAGAGAUGGAAUAAAUGUCUGGACUGUGAACUUCCUCCAGAAAAGUGUUUAGUUUGGUUGAUGGAAUAAAUCUUGUUCUCUCAUUACCAUAACUGAGAAGUCCUUCAGCAGAGUGUUUAACCCACAGUUAAUGCUACAAUAAGGACAGAGGAGCAGAUUGUGUGGUUCUGCUAGGCAGCCUCUGUGUGUGUGUGCCAGAGUGUGUGUGUGUGUCUACAUGUACAAACAGGGACUUGUAUGAGAGAUAGAGAAGUAAUAGUCUAAAAGUCUUUAAUUACAAAGACAGGGUUGAUUGUAAAUGACCGUACAGAGAGAGCUUCAAAGACCUGACUGAAAUGAAACGUUUGUUUUCCUGAUGGGGUUUUGUUUGCUGAAAUGUGGAUUCUAAGUGCUCCUGCUUCUUCCUCAAGUGAUCCUACUUGUUUGCUGCAGAGUGGUCACUUUCAGAGUGCAGUGAGCUGUUGUCAGUUGUUGGUGUAGGCAGGAGGUUGACCUCCAGUAGCUCCAGAGCUUACAGUCAGUUCGUUUCACAGUCAAUUUACCAAAAGUCUCAUUCUGAAAUCUUUCCCUGCAGGUUGGAGUGGGUGGAAAUCAUUGAGCCGCGUACGCGGGAGCGGAUGUAUGCCAACCUGCUGACUGGCGAGUGCGUGUGGGACCCUCCACAGGGUGUUUGCAUCAAGCGGACUGGUGACAACCAGUGGUGGGAGCUGUUUGACCCCAACACCUCACGCUUCUAUUACUACAACGCAUCAACGCAGCGCACUGUAUGGCACCGGCCGCAGGGCUGCGACAUCAUCCCCCUGGCCAAGCUGCAGACUUUGAAGCAGCACACUGAUGCCAGUAAUCCUCGACCUGCAGGUGGAGGAGGAGGGAGAGCUUCAGCUGAUAAUAGCCCGGGACGUAACAGCGGGGUCAGCAGAGAGGGGAGCACAUCGUCCUCCCUUGAUCAAGAGCUGUCUGAAAAACAGAGCAACAGAGAGGAGGCAGACAGGUAAGACUGCGGCUCACAUGCAGAGACACCAGACCAGAACUUGAGAACUUUAAGAAUAACAAGUCUAAAAACUAAUCAUAAAGGUGAAUUCUGUGAAAUAUAAAAACACCAGAAACUGCAAUUAAGAGAUGUUUUAAUAUGACUUCUUGUGUGGAAAUAGUGAUGUUUAGUCUGCUUUUUGUUUUGUUCCUUAUCCAUUAAAACUGGUUUGUGAAAAAGGUGCAAUCCGGCUUAAGUAUUUAGUCAAGUUUUUCUUUGCAGCUGGAUUAAUUCCCUUAAGUGUGAGGCAAGCAAAGCUGUAGAGUUGAGUUCUUUAUUUUUGAUCAGUAGUUCAUUGUGUUAUAAGUUUUAUUUCGCUGUUUCUUAAAGAACAACAGCUCACAAGCUUUUGUAGGUCCAGAAGUAGACGACUGGAUUCUAUCUUUUCCAAAUAGUUAACUUCAUAAACAAUCCCAUCAUCACUCUUCCUUUUGCUUCAGGUCCUAAUCAAUACUUUCGUUGUUAUAAAUCACUGCUGACAGUGUGGAGAAACUUGCAAAGACACCAUGCAACAGAGUGGUUUUAGUGGAACAAGAAGACUUCAGCUGCAUUUGCGCAGUUCUGUCUUUUUUCUUAUAAAGCUUAGAUAGCUCUAGUCCGUACUGGCACUCUCCUGGUUCUUCACAUUUGCUCUACAUUUAAACAAAACUGACUGAAAAAAAAAAACAUGCGGUGGUUGGUAUGUCCACCUUGUGUGAGUUUCCUGGCACAUGCCACCUGUGAUGUUCUCUGCAAAGGUCAGGCUUCCGGUCAGUCCGCCCCCUCCUCCAGUUUCUGUCACUGUCCGUUAAUUUCUUCUCUCUCUCACCUUCAUAGCUUGUCACCUGCCUUUACUUUAUCUGUCUCUGUCUCCCUUUCUCUCUCUUCCACUCACCCUCAGCACCAUCUCUCCCCUCCCCCUUUGUCUAACAAGUCUUGGUGGCUGGUUUGCUGUAAUCUGCUGCAGUCUGCAGUGAUUGGUGGAUAGGCCUGUCAGGGGUCACAGUGUCCCGUAAAUGUUUUCUUCUUUAGCACUGCAGGACACACACACACAAGUGUGAACACAUACUCCAUAGCAUUUGUGUGUCCUUGUUGUUCUAACUAGUCCUAAACUUUCUGUACAAUCAAAACAAAUCAGUAUUUCAGUAAUGAUUGUAGAUUCUGUAUGUUUGGAGCUAAAGGUAAACAACACUCUUGCUGACACUAAAUUGUCAGACUGACAUAUUUAUGACUUACUGACAGCCCAGUAUUUAUUGGUCAAAAGUAUUCCAUGAAUGAAAAGAGAUGGUUUUGAAAUUCAAGGUCUGCAUUUCAGGAGGGUAGAUCAUCUUUGCUCGGCUGUAGCUUUAAGUAUCAGCGACUUUACCACUCACCGAUUGCUCUCAGCUGCACUAAAGCUUCAUUCAGUCAUCGAUGAUUCAAAACCAACAUUUUCCUACUACUGCUUCACAUCAGAGGCCCUCGAUCUGUAAACCUGCACAGUCUGAAGAGCAAAGAGCUGCAGAAACACAGAAAAGGGGAAAGACGGUCGUUUUGAAAAACUGAAAUCUAUUUCACAACAGAUUUUAGAUUGUUCAGCACUGCAUAGUCAGCUGAUGACAGGGUUCCUACACAGUUGGAAUUUCCAUACUUUUCCAGAACCUACUUUUUCGAAUUAAUUUUGGAAAUACCUACUUUUCUAUCUUAGAAAAUAGUGUUUUAGAACUGUGAUAAUAGUCUGGAAACAUAAAUAUUUUUCCAUACUUUUUAAGACCUAGAAAUUGAUCAAAUCAAUUUCCAUACUUUUCCAUACUUGUGUAGGAACCCUGUGAUGAGUUUUGUACAAUUCAGGGACGAAAAACAACCAGUAACAGCAGCCUGAUAAAAAGUCCAGUAUUGAGACAGCAUGUAUCAUCGGUGAUGUAUUUUGCUUUCUUGCAAAUCUCUGUCAACUCUGAUAUUAUCUAUUUAUGUAAGAAGAAUAGGAACAUAAUGCUUUUUCCUGAUGCUGGUUCAGCAUGACGUUAGAGUGGUUAGAAGUCAGGCUGAGUCAAGUGCAGGCCUGGAGAUGCUCUCUGGAGAGAGUGAUGCUGCUGAAGAAAGCCGGACAGGCAGUUUGUCAUAGACCACACAUCUUCCUCAGUGACAGAUGGGAGCUAUUGACCUCUACAUGGCUCUACCUCCCCAUACACACCAAGGAUCCUAUUAAAGGAGGAGAUGAAGGAGGGGCUAAUGGAGGGAGAGAUGGCAGGACGAGAGGAGAGGACAGAGGAGAGGAUGGACACUAAAACGCAGAGAAGAGGACUAAUGAAUAGAGGCUCAGUCACUUUCAGUCUGUGUGUUUGUUCUUCUGUUACAACCAGUGUCCUCAAACACAAUCACCCCACCGCCUGUGAAAUUUAACAAGGCAAUCAGCGUGGAAACAUACAGUAUAAUGAAUUCAUUAUGUGCAGACAUUAGCUACAGACACGCUAGCACCUCUGGUCACUUGAUAUUGUCUAUAUUAUUGACUGCUUGAGGGAUGAGAAACUGUGCUAGAGCUUCUUGGACUGCUGAUGGUCUGAAACAGCCAGAGGAGAGCAGCUUCCUAGUAUUGCUGUGACCUUCCUCUGUGGGGUUACUUCAAAUUAAUUCCUCGCCAUAGCCGUUUUCUCAAUAUUUAUAUUAACACUAUCUAAUUAUAAAACUUAAUUAAAGCUGGUUGUGGGAUUCAGUAAAGGUUCCAGGCUUCACUUGGAGGAUCAACCUCAACCGAGAGCAGGCCUGAAAUACCCGUUAUCUACGAAAAAGACUCGAAAUGGCUCUGUGUGUUAGUACAACGUCACAUAGUUUCCAAGUGGGCAUGCAGAGAGACAAACCAGCCGCUGCAAUGAUAACACAGUAGAGCAGGGGUUCUCAAGUCCAGUCCUGGAGGCCCACUGUCCUGCAUGUUUUGGAUGUUUCCCUGCUCCAACACAACUGAUUCAAAUGAUCAGCUCGUUAUCAAGCUCUGUCAUGGCUUAAUAAUAAUCAGGUGUGUUGGAGCAGGGAAACAUCUAAAACAUGCAGGACAGUGGACCUCGAGGACUGGACUUGAGGACCACUGCUCUAGAGGACACCAUCAUGUAGCUCCUCUAGGUUUGUGAGAUUUGUUAUGAGACAUGAGAAGCUUAUUACUUGAAUUAGAAAGGUCCUGUCACUCUUGAUUUUAUUGAUAAAAGGUCCAAGAAACUUAAAAUUCUUUUUUUUUUGAUCCUGCAUUUGUGAAAACAUAUCGAAUAUACUGGAUCAGUGCUUUUACGUGUGUGUGUGUGUGUGUGUGUGUGUGUGUGUGUGUGUGUGUGUGUGUGUGUGUGUGUGUGUGUGUGUGUGUGGUGGGACGCCUAGUGGCACAGCUGCAGACUGUCAGUCCAGAUGGCUGGAGGAUCUGCUGUCACACACACUCACCAUUCAAUCUGAUUAUAUGUGAAGUGUUUCUCCAUCAUCCACACACACACACACACACACACACACACACACACACACACACACACUCUCUCUCACACACACGCACACACACUCCCCCUCACACUAACAUGCAAGAGCAUACAGGAGCAGUGGUGGCAAAUGUGUGGGCCGGACUGUUUGUAAACUGAUACACACAAACCCUUGUGAUGGUCUGUGGCAAGCUGCUACAGCUAGGAAAUAGUAAAUAAAGGAUUGUAGAGGCAUUGUGUCAGUAAAUCAUGAUACACUGACGCAGACACAACAUCUAUGUCAGUGUAUACUCUCAGUGCUUUUACAUAUAGUCUGGAAUAAGCUAUCAUAAGUGAUAUUCAACACUAACAUCCUUCAACUGCUACAUUUGCACAAGUGCAAUAUCGUUGUGAGGUCCAAAAGCAAACAUGACCUUGAAGGCUUCUGUUGUGAGGAGCUAGAGGGAUGAUUUCUUGUGUCGGCAGCUCACAGUUCAGUAGACCCUUCAUUUUGUCCUUCAUGGCCGUCAUACUCUGCUAACCAGUGCCUUUAAGUUUUAAAUCACACCGCCUCAAUAAAGCUGAGCCGACACAAACAGUUAGGUCUCAGUUAACAUGCUGGUGACAUACUCUGAGCCUUUGCUUAUCUAGGCAUGUUUGAUUUUAAUAAUACAUGUGCAAGCAUUCCCGUUUUAUCAGCACAAUCAUUUACAAACUGAGGUGCUAAAACUGAAGGUUUUUUUGAUCACAUAAAUAAAAACAUUCUUGAUUCAAAGUUAGUUUGACAGAGUACGGCGUCAUGAGUUCAGUCUUACUGUGUUUCCAUGUCUCUCUUUCUGCAUCUCCCUCUUUCACUUUUUUCAAUCACGGUAAAGGCUAGGGAUGGGCGAUGAAUUAUUGUUCAGGAUUUAUUAUCAGAAAAUUGCUCCACGAUAACUGUUUGCCAUCUCAUGAUAAACACGAUAAAUGCAAGGUUAUGACGUAGGCACAAGUGGUGGACUCACAGCUGUAGACCUCACAGAUCAGUAUCACAAACAAACAUGGCUGAAGGUGGUGAAGAAGACGUUUCUGAGCAGCUUGUUGCUAAACGAGGCUCCACAUGAGGGAUUUCCUUUAAGAUUGGGGAUAGACGAGUGCAAUCAGGUUUGUCUGACACCGGACAGUGGAUCUGUUCACUCUGGUCACCCUGUGCAGUAAGGGUUUUCAAUAAAUGUUGAAAGUGUUUUCACAUUUCACUCGUUUUCUCUAUAACCUACACUAAAACUUGUAGUUAAGUAUCUUAUUUGACUAUGCCAACCAAUAAGUGCCAUCCAAGAAUAAUGAUAGUGGGGUUCUCAAGAUAGAGUGAGUAAAAAACAUAGAUAGAGAUUUAAAUAUUUUUUAUCUGGACUUUUGUUAUCUGCAAAAUGGCAAAACUUAACGUGAUUAAUUUUUUAGGCCUAUAUUGCCCAUCCUAUCCUAGUAGAGGCAGAUGACAGUCUAACAUAAGUCUGGUCUUGCUAAAAUCUCUGCCUGGUAAAAGGUUUUUCUUGCCACUGUCACUUUAUAAAUGCUGCAAAGUUCACUGCUGAUGGUGGAUAGGAUAAGAAUGGGUCUUAAAACAAAAUCUUAUUCUAACAUUGGGUCUGUACUUUGCGUAAUGUAAAGCUUAUGCAUGUGGACAAUUUAACAGUUUUAAAAUUACGAUAAAUGAACACAAAGACGCCUUUUUUUGACAUGUAAAGUAAAGGCUUUUCAGACUGCUGGCGUCUUAAAUCUGAAAUGUCAUUUGAAGCAUGUGCCCGUGAUACCAUGAGCCAAAGACAGCUCAGAGUGACCUCAUAUGUAGAGCCAGAAGAGACUUUUUCAAUAUCAUAUAGCAUCAUCUUCCUUCUGUUUUGUUCCAGUUAGAUUUAAUGUCAUUUGUGAGUUGCAACAAAACAUAUAAAGGAGCCUGGAUGUUUUUCUAUCUUUGUCUGUUUUCUGUUCAUAUUUCCUUUUAGCUUCACAAACUGACUGAAAAGCAAAAUCAUUCAGACUUUAGUUGUAUUUAAGCACUUAGGGUAUCAUGUCUUGCUCCAAAACUGAUCAUGUAGCGUAUAUAAAGUCACAGUUUUUAAUCUGCUCAGAACAUUCAAGGCCCACUCCCCGCCAUUAAAAAGCUUGUGCUCCAUUAGGUAUUAAUUCGGAUGCAAAAAUAGAACAAAUGACCAGAAUUUAAGUUCCAGUAAUUAAAGACUAAGAGGAGAAAAAAAACCACCUUACACUUUACAGUCAUUGUCAGGGGACAGAGCAGGAAAAGUUGGUGGGUAGAAAAAGAAGAAUAGACUGGAGAAAGAGAGUGAGAGAAGCUUCAGAACAGAUGGACGAAGGAAUAGAGAGAAAGGAAGUAGGUUGGAGCUCUGAGUGUGGAGCAUUUUGUGAUAGGUGCCAGGUCAGCCUUUUAAUACUUAAUCCUUCCCACCUCAUUUCCUCACACACACACACACAUAUGUACAUACACAUGCACAGAGAUACCAACACCCACAACUGCACAAACACUCACACAGCCACUAUUGAGCACUGGCCCUGGGGAUCAGUGUGUGGAAGCAUUUGGAAACCAAGGGUGGCCAGUACUAAAAUCGAUGUCACACUUCCCUCCUCUCACCCAGUUCAGCUCUUGUUCUCCGUCCCAAACUGCCCUCCCACCUCCUCCUCCUCUCCUUGUUGUCUUACAAACAAGCAGAAUGUGAGGGCCUAGUCAUUGAGAGGAAUGAGUGAAUGAACUUGAACUGAUGAGGUAAAGGUCUGUUUUUGCCAGAGGCCGCUGUUUGGGUUACAUAGUCUGUAGCGGCCCCUGAUUGUUGUUACUAAAACCACCUUUGCUUUAGUUAAGUUCAUCUUAGCUCCAAGAUAAACAUAAAACUGUUUGUCCCGUGAAAACAGCAAAUCAACAUGACCAUAAAAUUUGCCUGACUCAAGUCCUUUACUUUGUUUUAUUUUGUUUUAAAACUUGAUGUUUGAUUUUUGUCUGUGCAGACAUAUUUUAAAUUUGGUUUUGCAGUAAGUACAGUCUUUGGCUUUAUAUUCUUUGUUCAAAUUCGGGAGUGUAUUUGCUUUGGUGAUCAGUCACAGUUAAACUUUGAUUUAGAAAUUAAAUCACAGUAUAAUAAUGCACUUUGUAUUUUUAAUCUCUCUGGCUUGAAGCAAGUGAAUUUUGUUUUUCAGUUUUUGGAAAAACUGUUCCAUGUGUGAUCAAUAUAAUCCACAAUUAUUGAUAACAGCAAACUCAGACUCUGUCUAGUUAUAUAUUCAUGCUGUUGCUGUGGUGGUCACAUGACAAGUGAUAAAAAUAGUUUAAACCUGUGGUUCUCAAGUCCAGUCCUCGAGGCCCACUAUCCUGCACGUUUUGGAUGUUCCCCUGCUCCAACACACCUGAUUCAAAUGAUCAGCUCGUUAUUAAGCCAUUACAGAGCUUGAUAACGAGCUGAUCAUUUGAAUCAGGUGUGUUGGAGCAGGGGAACAUCCAAAACAUGCAGGACAGUGGGCCUCGAUGACUGGACUUGAGAAUCAUUGUCCUAACCUUAACCUCAACCAUAGACUGUAAAUUGAUGCUGUAAAAAAAUCGAGUCAGCCAAUCAGAAUUUUGGUCAACUCAGCACGUAUCGACCAGUAAGUCGAUCAAAAAAUGAAGUUGUGACCAUGAGGAGGAAUUUCUCUGUUAGGAAUAGUUGUGGUUCAAGUAUUUUUAGUAUUUCUACAGUCAGUUCAUAUUUACUGAGGGGUGCCACUUUGAUAAUGUUUUACACAGGCUGUACAAGUGUCAGACACGGGAAAUGAAAGGUAAUAGGUAUUGAUGUACAGCGACCUGUCUGAGCAGACAUGAGGACAAGAAUCUAAUUUCAGACCCCGAGUCUGGUAGAUGAUUAGUACAGUCUGCACUGAGAAUAUGAGGAGGCAACUGGCAGAUGUAGGCAAUAUGGAGUGCAGACAGGAUUUUAAUAAGAAAAGCUUCUUGAGAGUGUUUUCAAGGCCCUGUGGUGUGAAAGUGACAGACAGCUUUUUAUCACUCUGCACCCUGACCCUUAAUUAAAUUUCCUCUCUCCUCUCUCGCAGGACUUCCCCCUUCAGAUGGAAUACUGGUACCAAGGAGAGAAUGCUGAUCAAGGUGACAGACAGAGAGCCCAGCUUCUUGGCCCACCAGGGAAAUGGUUACUCCCCUUGUGACCCACCCACCCCCGGGCCUCCUUCUGGGGGAGGCACCACCUCACGAACUCGGCGUUCCUCUGGAGGAAACGCACCUUCAGAACCUGAUGCCUCUCCUGUUCUCUACUCCGAUCGACGCCAGUCCCCCUUCCUUAAGCGAGCGGAGCUCGGAGGCACUGGUACUCACCGCCGUUCCUCGGCUGACUCCCAGCCGCCCUCGCCCCGAUAUGCUUACGAGCCCCCGUUGUACGAGGAGCCGCCAUCAGAGUACCAACCCCCUCCCAUAUAUGAGGAGCCUCCCACUGACAUGCACCUCUCUGACUCCGCCUUCUAUGGCAAGUCACCUGCUCGAAAGUCCUCAGCCCCCCUCUAUCACUCACCCAAACAGGGCCAGUCGCCGUACGGCCAGCUGGUUCUGACCAGGCAGAAGUGUCCAGAAAAGACCCAGAGUCUGGAGUACAGUCCUGUGGGGAAAGAGUACGUCAAGCAGCUGGUGUAUGUGGAGCAGUCGUCUUCCAGCCCUCGCUUUAAGACUGCUGAUCGUCUUCUGCGCUACGGCACCACUGGAGGUUAUGGCGGCUCAUACGGGGGGUCCUACACUCUGCAACACAGUCAGUCUCUGAUCAGGGACCCCCGCCUGCUGCUGGACUACAGCGGGGAGGGUGGAGAAGGAGGCCAGAGGUUGCAUUAUGAGGACUCUAUAUCCUGGUCAACCAGUCAGACCCACACCCUUUCCUCCUCAUCUACAGGUGGUCCUGGGGCUUCCUCUCCUGGAGGAAACCGCAAACGCAAGAGCCGCAAACCUUCCCUCCCCCAAGAGCUGGCGCGCUGUGGGGGGCUGGAGGGGGAGCUCGCAGGAACGGCAUCUGAGGCGAUGUUGGCCCAGGCCAGGCUUGCAUGGGAGGCCCAGCAAGUGAUGAAACAGAGGAGCAGUUGGGACUCAGGGCAGGGAGGGGAAGUGGCCCAGAGCGGGGGCUCCAAAGACGGCUAUGAGAGCGAUGGGGCGCUGCCUCUGCCGCUGCCAGGACCGGUGGUGAGGGCGUUCAGCGAGGACGAGGCGCUGGCACAAAGCGAUGGACAUCACUGGAAACGCAGCACCUUUGAUCGACUUGGCUUUCCCCAGGCCCUGCUGGAGAAGAGCCUCUCAGUCCAGACCAACUUGGCCUCCCCUGAGCCUUACCUUCACCCCUCACAGGUACUGAUGCAUGCUGGGAAUGUGUAUCUAUUCAGAAAAGUAUAAACACAGUUUAUCAGAUAUUUACAUUGAUAUUUCAACCAGCCUGGUGGUCUGUGUGCCAAUGUGUCUACCCCCCAACUUUUUCAACAUAUAAAAUUACUUGCAAAUUAAACCAAACACAUCUUAGUCAAUCAGUUUAUUGUAAAAGAAGACAACUUAAAUGCUCACUACAGCUGACGAGGUGCUUACCUAACACUGGCAUGAAUUUAGCAAAGCUUUUGUAAAGAUGAAAAACAAAAUGAUAAUCUGCUGAUCAGCUCUUCAUUUGGGAGUAAAGUUAUCUCUCCUGUAUAUACAAACAGGUAAAUGUUCGAGUUUUCAGUAUAACAUACAUAAAUGAACAAACAUGACAGGAAUGGUUUGUGUGUUAAUCAGAGACUCACAGGAGAUAAGAGAGCUGGAAAAGGUAGGCUGGUGCUCCUCUCUCAGUUAUCUUCCCUCCUAAAGGUGAGAGUGUGAAAGAAGCAAUCUGCAGAGCUGAAUUGACCGAAAAGAAAUAAAAGGAAGGACAGAGAGAGAGGACAGUGAAUGGAAAAUGAAGUAAACUGAUGUGGAAGAGAUACAUAAAACAGACGAAGCAGAAUAAAGUUUAAUUCAGUAACAGAAAAAAGAAAACUGCAGAUGCUAAAAUAACUGUCAUGUGAAGAUAACCACCAACACAGAAAGUAGUGGUUGAGUUGAGGAGAGUUAAAGAAACUCAUAUCAAGAGCAGCAUUCGUUUGCUCAGUGUCUUAACAUCUUUGCAAAUAAAAUUCCCUUAAUUUCUGUCUAAAAGUGAGAUAAUCCAAGAGUGGUAAACCCAGCUUUGCAGAAAGACUUCAAGUUAGUGGAGCACCUGGUCUGACUAUCCAAAAACAAAAAGUACUUUUAAAUUCAUAACUGUACAUGUAAAAGGCUGUCGGUUUAAUCCAUGCAUACAUGUGCUGGAACUAUUUCUGGUGAACACUUGCUGACUGUGUAAAGGCGUGCCAUCCUUGUUAUUGUCCUGGGCUGAAACUGUGAAUAAAAUCAGCGCUCACUUGCUAUUUUCUGUCGCAUAUUAUGGAAUUAAAGGAGACACUCCAAAGAGCCACUAGGUGAAUGCUGUUGCCAUUGACAGCUGAAGCCAGGAGUUAUUAACCUUUGCUCACUUGUUCAUAAAUUAUUCUGUAAUGUCACCGAAAUUUAGAAAAGGCUACUUAACUUCUAUUGGUAACCUUUUCACCUUUACACUCUAUCUUGUAGUUGAUGCAAGCACUUGUACUGUCUAACAGGAUGUUGCAGACAUGAUGUCAUGAUGGCUGUAUUCAUAAAACUCUUUCCUGUGGUCUUUUUUCCCCCCAGAGCCAUUAUUUAGGUUGCUAUUCAAAACAAGACCCUGAGAAAUAAAUGGACUCUUUGUUGCCCUGAAAAGACCUUGUGGAUAUUGUCGUAAUAAGGCGUCAGUUUUAAUCCAGUCUGCUCCCUCAGAGACUUUCAGCUUUUACUCUUACUGUUCUGCAGCACAAAGAUGACUGACUUCUCCUCUCUUUCUCUCUUUCUUUCCUAACCUGUCAGUCGGAGGACCUUGGAGCGUGUGCCCAGUUUGAAGCCAGUCGAAAUGCGAGGAAUAUGAUGCCGAGUGCCAGCUGUGGCAUUUUCCCAGAAUUCACGCUGAGGAAGCCCUCCUCAGAGACCGACAUCGAGAACUGGGCAUCCAAACACUUCAACAAACACACACAGGUACUCCAGAGGAUGUGUGUGUGUCCGACUUAAGAAAUUAGCAUUACGUCAUUCACAUAAUGUGUCUGUCUGUUAUUCUUUGUGAAACUAAGUCCAUUUCUUUUGAUGCUGUUUCUGUCUCUACUAUUUAUAAGACAAGAUUUCCUGGUAUGUCUAUAAAUAGCUUAUUCUCAUGCAUAAAUAUAUCACAGUUUAAAAGACGCCAUAAUGCUCUUCUGAUCGCUCUUCUGCACCACUUUCACCUUUUUAAAUCAAACCACAUACACUUUUUAUUACUCUAUAAAGGCAGACAUGAGCGCACGUCGUCAGGCAGAUUAAAUUGUGCCGUUGACUGUGGGGUUACAUUGUCAGAAAACACAGCUAAUUAGCAAUCAGCUGAUCACUAAUCAGGUUUUGCAGCUCAAAAACAUACACAGGGUUGUAGUUUGUGCUCGGAAUGUUAAUGAGGAGGAAGGCAGUGCGGCUCAGAGGUUUGUUUAUAGUUUGUUUAUGUAAGUUGAGCGCCAUGAUGUUGCUGAUCAUGUUACUCAUGCCGUUACUAUCAAAUAUGAAUGUUUACUUUUCACUUGUGUAAACUAGUUAGCAUGAGGAAAUCAUUCUGUGUCAGGGUGAUGCUAAGACGUUAGCUGCCCUCCUUAAAUCUUUGGUCUCAAACUCUCCCUCCUGCGUCUUCUUGUGUUUCUCAACAUUCCCACGCUUGUUUUCUCAGGGUCUGUUCAGAAGAAAGGUGUCUAUCGCCAACAUGCUGGCCUGGAGCAGCGAGCCCAUCAAGAAGCCCAUGAUAGUGACCUCAGACCGUACCGUUAAGAGGGAAGCAGUGGAGAUCUUUAAGCUCAUCCAGACCUACAUGGGUGACCGGCGCUCGAAGGUGGACCCUUACGCGGUAGCUCUAGAGGUCUGUGGGCAACCUGAACUCCUCUCUUCCUUAAACUAACUCACUUGCACACCAACAUUUCGGGACAGGUUUCAGUGUACGCAGGAAAAACAGCCAGUAUGGAAAGCAGGUAGACCACACGUAGCAGCUCCUAGUAGCAGCAGUCUGAUGAUGAUUUGUAGGGGAGACAGGGGCUUGUUGUCACAUGGGUAAGUUGGUAGUUCACAUGGUAGUUUGGGGCAACAUGUCUCAGUCAUUUUAGGGUUAGUUGUCACAUGUUCAAAAGGGAUUAAAAUUAAUAUAGAGAGUCUGUUUAUCAGCAGUUGUCACAUUGAAAUGUUGACUUUGUUUUUUACAGAAAACAAGAGUGGUUUAAAGGAGAGGAGAAAGCGAGAAGACAUGAUUAGGAAUUACAAAAGAAAAAUAGUUGAAUAAUAUUUUAUGUUCAUGUUUGUUCAAUGACUUUUUGUAGCUCAAUGAUAAACAUUUUCUGCGCCUGACUUUGAUGUUUACUUUCAUGUAAAAAAAUGAGAACAACAAUAAUUUUGUCCUUGUUUUAUUAGCUGCAAAAUCCCCAUGUAGUGAGACAACUUACCCCAUGGUGGGGCAACAUGUCACAUGUUCACACUCUCUAUUUGAUUGAUUAUAACUGCACUGACACAAAAUAUGAAAAUGACAUGAAUACAAAAAAUAUACCUGAGACUUUGGUCUUUCAUCUGGUACACAUUUUGUUUAUAUAUGAUGUAUUGAUUCCAAGAAUUAUAUAAGAUUGUAAAAAGUGUGACAACAAGCCCUGGUCUCCCCUAUUCCUCUAUCAAAAAAUAUCACCAUGCACGUGCAGCGAAUAAUCUGGGAGUUGCAGAUGCAAAUAGAUCACUGGAAAAGGGAAGCUUGUAUUUGCUAGCCACUCCAGAAUGACUAUAAAGUUGGCAUCCAUUCUAGGCGGCAUUCACUGCCUCUCAUCAUCAGACGAUGACAGAAGCUGAUUGCCAGGCGCUUCUGAGUUUGCCUACACACAGAAGCCGUAUUCCUCACACACUCCUUCAUGUAUCACCUCAUUAUCCCUCUUAAGUGAUUUGACAUUGCCGUGAUGUCCUUGAAGCUGCAUUUUCAGGCACAGCGAAAUCAGGACUGAAAGCCUAGCUAGUGGAAACAUCUUCAUUUGGAAAUAACUUUUAGAUCCGUACAACAGAGCUAUGUGGCAUCUGCAGAGGGCAAACUGAACCGGGAUCACUCCUCCUCCUCUGCAGGACUGCAGACGUGCGUGAAGCAUCGCAGUGUGAAGCUGUGUGUCCUUGUUCACAGUGUGACUUUGAGGGGAAGCUUUUAAAAUAUCAGGAGCUACAUUUGUAGAGCUGUAACGGAUCCUCUGUAAAUCAAAAAGAUUAAAGCUUUAACGAGAUCAUCAAAAAAUUUGUGAAAACACUCUGUGGGUUUGUUCUAAUGAGUGGACACAGAGCCGUUUUUAGUAUUGAACAUAAUGGUUAGGGCUGCUACAAAAUGAAGCCCUGUGAUGAUGACUGUGUCUGUCAUCUUGUCUGUGUGCAUUUGAAAUUGGACAGCUGGUAUUGGCAUUCAAAGAAGACAAAGCAUGUGGGAGCCCAUAAGCACAGCAUUUGAUCAUGUUAGAGUUCAGGUCAAUUAUAGUAUCAAGUAAUGAAGAUGAAGAAAUGGGUGUAUCCAAGCGAUGCAGGCUAAGUACAUAAAAAGUGACCCGAGCAAGGAUUCUGUUGGAAAUUCACAAACAUAAGAUGUCAGAAUAGCUGAUAUUUAUCAGGGUUUGAAUGAUCAAAUAUAGUAAAAAGAUUUAGGUUUUAGUAAGUGAUUAAUAUCGCACAUUAGUCUGAUGACAGAUGAAAAGAAGAAGAAAAAAAGCCUGUAUUUCCUCCUGUCUUACCCCCCUCUCUGCAUCUUUCUAUCAGGUGGUGGUGCGUGGGUGGAGUAACCAGGGACUGCGUGAUGAGCUCUACAUCCAGCUGUGUCGUCAAACCACAGAAAACUUCCGUUACGACAGCCUUGAGCGAGGCUGGGAGCUGAUGGCUAUCUGUCUGGCCUUUUUCCCUCCAACGCCUCGUUUUCACAACUACCUGGAAGGUUACAUCUACAGACACAUGGACCCUCUCAACGACACCAAGGGUAAGACAGAAAUCAACUGAACAUGCAGCCAUUUUUUUAUAACCGGGGCCUUACAUUUCUUGAUAUUUAUGUAUUUAUGGAAGCAAGGAUCUCAGGAAGUCUUUGUCUGCAGACUAAAACAAAACACCCUCAUUAGCAUGGGUUUUGUCUAUAGGAGGUCACCACAAUUAGGGUCAGACUGGCGUUUUGUUUUCAUAUGAAUAACUGAGUACCUCUUGAAAUCACUUUACAUAUGUAUACACAAUUUCAUAGAAUUUUGGGGGAGAAAAGAAAAGUUAAAGUUUCUAAAAAUGUUAGGGUGAUGAUCCACAGGAUAGGUGUUUUGUGAACUUCAGGAUAAAAUAAGAGACAAUAAAUUACCUGCAAACCUAAAUCCCAUGCAGAAUAUCUGCUGUAGAAAGCUUUGUAAUAAAAAAAACUGACAGUCGAGCUAAAGCAAAAUGAAACACACCACCUCAAUUGUCCUUGAGUGGGGGUAAUAGUAAAAAACAUCUGACCAUUGGAGUCCUAAAUGAUCUACUUUGAAGGUGUUCAGAUAGAGAAUCAAGUUGUGCUGGUGCUCUGCUUCCCCCUACUGGUUAAUCUGAGCUAGCUCAUGCUGAUUGUACAGUAUACCAAUGUUUGGUAAAAUGCUUUCCAGUCGAUCACACAUUUAUAAAAGCUUCACAACCGGAGUAAGACUUACAGAGUUAAUCAGCUUUGAUAUAAUUAAUGUGCUCAAGUAAUGAAUCAGAUGUUUCUGUGAAUAAAAAACAUCAGAUCAUUGAAAUUUAAGGUCAUGAACAGUUACGGUUUCAUGUCAGACUUUAAUGCACAGUUUCAUCGUUAUUUAAAUCACUCUGUCAGCUGUAUCGCAACUUUUAAGCUGUAACUCAACCUCCUGCUUGAUGGAAAAUCCGAACUUCCUUGACUUCAGAAAUAUAUUCCUGUUGAAAGAACUAAUAAAUGUCAAAGGGACUAAAAAACUAAUCCUCUAAUGGUCUGAGCAUGUUUGUCUCCUCCAGGAGUUGCCAUCAGCAGCUACGCUAAAUACUGCUACAGGAAACUGACGAAAGCUGCUCUGACUGGAGCCAAGAAGGUGAGUAGUCCCUCUGUCCCUCUGCAGAAAUAACCAGACCCCGUCUCUGUUUCUGUCAGCUGCUAAGUCCCUAUGAGCUUGACAGCAGCCUGAGGUCUUUAAGCAACACCCUCCCAGUAGUUUCUAACUUUCAGCUGGUUAUAAGAGGUGUCUGACCUUCUGCAGUUCAGGCUCCACAGCUGGGCGACUCGUAGCCAGAGGAUGUCAAACAGGCGAACUCAGUUUCUUCCUCUAAAUCUCUUCUUAAAACUCACUUCUGUCAGAUUGUCGGCCCGCUAUUUUUUAUUUAGUGUCUUUUGUCUUGAUUGUCUUUUACCAAGUUUGAUUUGUGUUUUCCUUUCUGUAACUGUUGUCUGCUGUCUUGGUGUUAUUUAACAGCUUUAUUUGUCUAGCACUUUUUUAUUUGAGAAGAGCUCUCUAAAUAAAGUUAUUAUUUUACCAAAAAUCUUUGUUCUUUUGGUUACUAAGGGGGAAAAUGUGUUUCAGAAAUGUGUUGGAAGCUUCAGUUCAGUAAAAAUUGAAGUUGUUACAGCAGUUUAUCAUUGCACUGGCUUUGGUAUUGCAUGUCACAUAUGAGUGCAUGUUUGUGUGUGUGUGUGUGUGUGAGUGAGUAUGUGUGUGAGUGUGUUGGCAGGCAGCAACUUGGCACAGAGCCUGUGUAGCUUGUAGAGCCCAAAUCUCAGCACGUGUCUGACUGAGGUCAUUUGUCACUUGUAGGACCUCACAGUGUGUUUCUGGUGUUAACCUGUUUAUCACUAACAGUCCUUAAAUGAGCUGUGUGCUCUGAGGAGAGACAUUUUCGUUCUUUCUCUGGAUUAAAAAUAUUUCACUGCCCUCUCCCCCUACGGCUCUCUGACCCACACCCUCAGAAUUUCUCUUCAUCUGCUCUCCUUAGAAACAUUAACGUCCUUGUGUAUUCGUCUCUCUUCAGGGUCUGCAGAAGCCCUGCCUGGAAGAAAUCAAACACGCCAGAAACGCCAUCUUCAGUCCCUCCAUGUUCGGCUCCUCCCUGGAGGAGGUGAUGGCUCUCCAAAAGGAGAGGUAUCCAGACAGCCAGCUGCCCUGGGUGCAAACCCGGCUCUCUGAAGAGGUUCUGGGUCUCAAUGGAGACCAGACAGAAGGAAUCUUUAGGUAAGUGAGGAAGGAGAGCAAUAGGAUAGUGAAGCGAAAAUCUUAGGGAGUGUUGGUCAGAUAGAGCUUUCUCUUCAGUAGCUUCUGUUUGUAUCAGCACUUUCUGCCUAUCUGUACUGAGGUCGUAUCAUGAACCUACACACAAGUAAUGUUCUUUACUAAAAUUACAAACUCUCUCAGACCAUAUCCUCUGUGGUUGCUUUAAGUUGGGUUAUUGACCUCCUUGAGAGUAUAAUUCAAGGAUUUAUCUUUAUUCAUGUUCAGGAUCUUAAUAACUGAUGAUUAAGUCCAAGUACUCACUGUCCCUAAGACAGAUUUUUGUCUCUGAAAUCCUAAGAAAUUGUCACCGUUAUGUUACUGCUUAAUAUUUCUUUCUGUAUCAGCCUGUUUGUAACAACCCUGUUUGUGAGGGAGCAGAUUGUUUGCAGGAUUUUAUAAGAAUGAGAGUGGAGUAACAAGGUAAAGUUUUCACCAUCCUCUGACCUCUGACCCCACAGGGUACCAGGGGACAUCGAUGAAGUUAAUGCUCUGAAGCUGCAGGUGGACCAAUGGAAAAUCCCCACAGGGCUGGAAGACCCGCACAUCCCAGGUAAGAGCACUCACAGACACACACACACACACCUACAAGAGUGCUGCUGAACACAUGCUUGUCUUCUGUGGACCUGGUCCUAAUCCUACAUGGCUGUCAGGUAAACAAAGUUCAUGUCAUGAACAUGAGGCGGAUAAGUCUAACACGCUCUGUCUCUGUGCUCCCAGCCUCACUUCUGAAGCUCUGGUACAGAGAGCUGGAGGAGCCACUGAUCCCCCAUGAGUUUUAUGAGGAGUGCAUCAAUCACUAUGACAACCCAGAAGCAGCUGUUAAUGUGGUGCUGGGCCUGCCACACAUCAACAAACUGGUGCUCUGCUACCUCAUUCGCUUCCUACAGGUAACAUACGCACACACAAAUAAAGCAAACUGUAAAUGUUGCCCGUGAGAUAGAGUUACUGGAUCAAAAUGUAGAGUCAAAGUUAGAUAGUCUUUGACUCUGGACUUAAACAGCAGGAAUAAAUCUUAUUUUACUGUUACAGGUUUUAUGGCCAACCAUGGGAAAGUAUUGAUAGCCAAGACUACCCACAGCUGAGAUUAAGCCAAAGUCUGCUUAGGGGAAAAAAAUCACUAUACUUUCACCGAAGAGAUAAAACUUUAAAUGAACAUACCUUAAAAAUAGACUCUGAACGUCUGCAGUCUUAUUUGAGGCAACUAUAUAACAUUCUGCUGUACCUUAUGUGUGCAGGUAUUUGCUCAGCCCGCCAACGUGACCAUCACCAAGAUGGAUGUGAACAACCUGGCCAUGGUCAUGGCUCCCAACUGUCUGCGCUGCCAGUCUGACGAUCCCAGGGUGAUCUUUGAGAACACCCGCAAGGAGAUGUCCUUUAUCCGGGUGCUCAUCCAGCGGCUGGACACCAGCUUCAUGGAUGGGAUCCUAUAGCCCCCCCACCCCACAGACACACCAUCCACACUCUACCCUCAGCUUCUCCUACGCUCCCUUUAACGCCCUCCAUGACAGAUCCACACACACUCCCCUGGCACGGGAAUAUCAUACUAACACAUUAUUGCUGCUGGGUGAACACCUUGCCUCUCCAACAUGUUUACUUUAACAGAAACUGCCUUGUUUUGAGUUUUAUGACCACUGUAUUCUUUCAGUUGAACCAGCUGUCUUUUCUAUUUCUGUAGAUAGAGUCCAUCAGCCAACAUUUGCAACAAAAAGAAAACACCAGUACUGGAAUUUCAAGCUUUUUCAUAUAAUGGCAGUGCUGUGUGUGCCUUCACAACAUGACUAGAGUAUAUCCACAUAGAACAGUAUGAAGGAAUUAGCAGGGAUCCCGAUCUUUUCUUACUUUUGCUGGCACACUCAGAGUUUAGGACCACAAACGUUCAUUUUGAAUUUAGCUUUCGUGUUUUCUAUGAACUGGUUUGAGUUUGUUUACCCCUGCCUAACUACCCACACGCAGUCACAUACAAACUGGAGCACACACACUUACACACAGUACGAAGUCUUACACCAGUAUUUCAACCACUGCAGUGUGUAACACCACCUGUCACAAAGCCAGAAUUAUCACUUGAAUGAAUGGAUUCAUUCAAACAUACUUAACACACAUUCUGCAGCAGGUGUUCAAAUCUCUCACACAUACCCUGGCUAACCAACACAUGCAAAGGGUUCAGUGUGAGACUUUCACAAGAUUCGCAGCUUAGCUGCACCAUCCCAUCAGUACCUUAUGAUAUCAGAGUGAGCCUGGGAGACACAUGUCUUCGACAUCAGGUAGACAAGUAAAGCUGUGUCUGACAUUAUUUACACUGCCAUAACAGAGCUAAGAAGUCAUCCCAGAGGCUAUUUACUCCUCCAUUUUUAAUCCUGCCUCAGGAUGGCAAACUUCUGCUGUCUCAAAGGGGAAAACUCUUUGCUCACAUGUAACUAAGUGUAGCCGUUUGGGAAGGCAGUGGUAGGGUUAGGCAUUAGCAAUGUUAGCUAUGUUAGCUACUUAUCCAUCCAGUGAGGGAACUUGGACACUAAUUCACUCCUCUUGUUUUUUACCUUCAUGCUGGUUGAUAACCAUCUCAGCACAGCCUGGCUUCAAAUGUUUCUCGAUUUCUUGAAACUGUGACCGUAAAGACAACAUAAUGAAGAUUUCUGCUCUGGGGAGUGGUGACUUAUUCUCCACUGUGAAAGAACAAGAACUAUUUGCAGAUUAUGAAACAUACGAAAAGUGUUAUUAAUAGUUUUCCCUCCUAUGUGCUGAAACAGGUCUGACUAAAUCUUGAAUUAAAUUUACAAAAAUCUUUUACAGUCCUCACCGGCUGUUUGCUCAAGGAGCUGUAAAAGUAAAGACUUAGGAAAUGAUUUUUGCUGCUUAAGGUUUACUCAUUUAUUAGGUUUAGUAUAAACUGAGAGAUAUUUAUUGUUUAUUGCUGGGGAAUAAUGACAAAUAUGAGAUCUCACUGUGAAUAACCCCAGACUGUAUUAUCUUUUGCUGGUACAAACAUUAAUUUGUAUAUGCAGCCUGAAUUACACAUUAGUGUAGCUGACUGAAGAAGAGUUUAGUCAGAAGUCUAUGCCCAGCUGCUUACCGGCUUAAUGUUAACUGGUGAGCAUUUACCACACUGGCAGCACUACAAAGAGGUAGUUUUGAGAGUUUUAUCCAACUCUCAUGCUUUACCAUAACCUGUUAUGUUAGCAGGCCCACUGGUAAAACUAUGAAACACUGGUGUGACAGUGUCUUAUGAUUACUUGAAUUAUGAGCAGCCAAUUUUGGAAACACAACUUUUAAAUGUUGAAUAUUUUUUCAAGAGAACUUAGAGAAAACAGGGUGAAGCAGCUACCCAAGCAGAGGAGAGUCAUAGUCACCAAACUGGUGUCAUAAAUAGUCAUCUUUAGUUUGUAAUCGGCUAACAUCAGCACUGAUCUGUCGUCUGUCAUAGUAGAGCAGAUAAACGGUAGAAAACACCCUCAAGCUGAGCUGUUUUUGAAACAUUACAGGUGUGUUUUGGUGUCCAUGUUCGAACCACUGAACAAAAGGGUUGGCGGUCAGGGAAAGUGGGGGAGUAGCUUGGUUCCAACAUAUUUGCUUGACCUUUGCAUAUAAGGAAAGUCAACCAGUGCCUCUUGCUUUUUUUUCUGAUUGCCUAUCCUUAGUUAUAAACCAAACUCAGUGAAAUAGUUUAGCUUUUUAGUUGUCUCCAGUAGAUCAUUUCCCUUUGAGCCUCUCUGCCACUGUAUAUGGUGCUGUCAAAUCCCAUUGGCUGUUGACCACACGCCAUAACCCGAAACCAUGAGUAACAGACAAUGUAGAGGGAUUGAUAGGAACACUGCCAACAAGGCUUCAUCAUAUUUGUAUACAGCACAGCAUGCUUGUAACUCCUGGGAGGGAUUUUAGAAGUGCCAGCUUUUGCAACAUACCCACAGCCACUCCCUUUCACCCCUCCUGACCCCACAGAGCAAGUUCAACACCAUCUCCAUUCCCUGACAGGCCUUUCGGCUCACUAAUGAUUUGUGAAUGUGUCGACCUUUCCGUGUCCCUGUCUGUCUGUCUGUCUGUCUGUCUGUCUGUCAUUGUUUACAAAAUGUACCCAUAAUUGCGUUCAUAUGGUCUGUGUCUAUGAGCAAGUACUGUGGGUUAUUGUGUUGAUUUGAAAUUUUUUGCUGUACUUAACAGAAUUUCUAUGUUUUUAACCUGUUGUUUUAUAUGAUUUAAUUUAUUUAUAUUUAUUUAAGGAGAUGUCCUUAAUGCCUUCUUGAGAAAAUUUAUUGUAAGGCUCCAAUGUGUGUUUUUGUUACGACACAUGGGUGUAUGUAUGUGUGUGUACAAGUGCGUUGAAGUGCAAUUGAGCAGUUUUUCAAACGUUAGGGCACAUAUGGCUUGAUGUACGACUGUCAGUAUUGCUGUAUCAGUCUUCUUCGUUUGGGUUUUUCUUGUAAAUGAACGGUUGUGAAUGAGACACACACAUACGGACCAUUCUGGAAAACCACUGACUUCCACCUUAAAAGGUCCAGAUGACACUCGGUUUCACCGUUCAUCUUUGUUGAAAAUGAACCCCUCUCUUUGUGGCAACUGCAAUGAGUGUUGCUAUGUGUGUGUGAGCGUGUGUGUGUGUGUGGUCCGUGGUGUGCAGUUCACUCUUUCUUACAUCCAUACUCCACAUCAAUAACAUGUACAUUAACACUGUACAGACUGUAAAAUUAAGUAUAUAAGGAAACGAGAAAGGAAAAAGCAUCAUAUGUAACAGUGAGAAUUUGCUGUGGAAGGUCGUGUAACAGGGAGGGGACUAAAUGUUUCUUUUUCUUUCAGUCUUGUUAAAGUGUGAAAUUUCCUCACAUUGAUAGAGAUCUAAAAUUUUUACAAGUUUAGAAAUUGAAACCCAUCUCUGAACAGUCAUUCAUUCAAGUACCACAAAGUAUUUUUAAUUCCCACUAAGCUCUAUAUCUGUAGGUCGAAAUCAUACUUCAAAAAAGAAGUGAUUUGUCCAGAAGAAAUCUUUGGCUUUUUUAAGAUACAGGGGGGACCAGUUAUUGAAGAGAAAAAAACUGUUUCAUGCCUCUUGGAGAUACGGGGGAUUGCAACAGUCAGCUUUGAAGCUACAGUGUCCACAUCAAACAUCUGGUGCUAAAAUAUGCAGCCAACGCUCUGAGCAAAGACACAGCUCCUCCUUGUUUGGACUUCAACACUUUCUUAUAAUCAGACCAUCAAACCAAUAUAUUUUAUUUAGGCAUAAACUGGAGAGAAUAAGAAUGCAAGAAAUUCUGAUUAACACUAAACUUAUUUAAUGUUUCUGCAAAACAAGACCAAGGACAUGACGACUUGAAUCCCAUAGUGCCUCCAGUUUUAAGGGAUGCACUGAUUUGGCGACCAAAGAUCAAAGACAGUUGUUAGAACUUGUAUGAGGGGGUGAUAUGGUUGAAAGUUAAUUGAAUGAGUCAUCCAUCCUCCGCGCACGAGGCCAGUCUACCCUAACUGUGAGUCUAGGAAUGCUAAAAGAAGCAUACUGAUGCGCUGAACUCCAUUAAUUUAGUUUAUAUAAAUACAUACAAAUAGUAGAUUUAAUACAAGCUUAGCAAGGUAUGCAUUAAUUGAGAUAUUGAUUACGAAGUUCUGGUACAUUUUACCUUUUGAUUACUUCCAUCCUGUGAAACUGAAUCAAAGAGUGUCAGCAAUCAGUUAAAGCGUUGAAUUCAUAAGGAGUAAGUAGUUUGGGUUCUAGUUUGCGUCCCAUCCGCGAGCUACAAAAAAACAACGUACUGCACUACCGCAGCUUGCUCCAGCUUCAGCUCUUCGAGUGUUGAAUGAUUAUUUUUAUCAGGGUAUCGUUCCAGUAUGAAUGCAAGCCAAUCGUUUUUCCCCCCAUUGGACAACUCACCUCUUUGUGAAGAAUGAACAUAGCCAAAUAUAAUUUUACUUCCUGAUAACCUCUUAGUAAACCUAAAGCCUCGGAGAUAGCCCGUCCAGGCUGAAAUGUUGCAGCAGUGUGUAUGAGUGUGUAUGUGAUGUGUGUGAGUGUAUUUGUCUAAUGUAAGAGAUGGUUGUAGAUAGACCCAACAAAUCAACCAGUUAGCAUGCAGACAUAGGGUCUUCACUCUCUUCAACUUCAAUUCAUGAAAAUAUGAAAAUAUACAAGGAAACAAACUGAAUUUACAGAAACUAAGUGUUGCAGUAUUUAGCUUUAAAAGUCACUAAGAAAAAGAUUAAGCUCUUUUUAAUCCAUUUUUCUGGUUGUUUUUUCUACUUGGUUCCUACUAAUAAUUUAUUAGUAGUCAGUGUUGACGCUGUUUGUCCAACGUUGAGAAUAUGACAAUAAGGAGAAGGUGCGAGACAGCUGCUGUGAAACUGCUCUUCACCUUUGCAUCAAUCCUCCAGGUUUUUCAGUUGUCUCUUAAUGUCCACUGUCACUCACACUCUGUCCGAAGGAAGACUCUGGAAGUGUAACAGAUGUUGGUUUAAUAAAAGAUUCAAAUGUCAAACUAA